AUGUCUGAACAACCUGCGCUGAACAGAAGACAGCUCAGAACACAGACGCAGUAUUUACGUUUGGAGAAAGGAGGUAACAAACCACCAAAUCCUGUUUUAUUCCUGUCAUCACACAACAAAUCAUUUUUUUAUUAACACAUGCUGACAAAGGCUUUAUAAUGAUGAUUUGAUUAUCAGUUGUUGCACUCAAGAGAAAGGAGUAUUGACAUGGGGGAAAGGCACCACCUGUCUAAUGCUGCUCUGAGGCUGUUUCUUGUCUUCAAACAAUGUGUUGCUUUGCUUUGGUCAAGGCAUGUUAGAACAGGAGACAAAUACCUCACAGCAGGCUUUCACCGUGGUGUUGUGUCAUUGGGUCAUUACUCUCACAUUGUACUGCUCAGACAGGAGCAGGCACUAAGGAAAUGAGUGAUAUGUUCACAAUCUGGUCAAAGAGCUGUAUUUUGUAUGGACUUGUACGUGAGUUUCGUACAGUAUUGAACUCUAAAAUGAAGAUGUAAAUUAUAUUUUUCCCCGCCAUGUGAACAAAAAUGUAACUGUCCCUCUCUCUCUCUCUCUCUCUCUCUCUCUCUCUCUCUCUCUCUCUCUCUCUCUCUCUCUCUCUCUCUCUCUCUCUCUCUCUCUCUCUCUCUCCCUCAGAGCUGAGGAUCCUGGUGAUGACAGUGAAGAUGGUUUCAACAGACACAAGUACACUGCUCUUAGUGGUAGCAGUCUUACUAAACCUAGUAGCAAGUAACGAGUACCACAAAAUACCGACUAAAUGGAGCUUGGGAAAGGAGCUUGGAAAGGACAGCUCUCCCAUGAGGUUCACCUAUCAUCUCUACAAUGCCACCAUUAAUGAGAACUCAGCCCCCAGGACUGCUGUGGACAGUCCCAUCAAGAUGGGUAUCGUAGUAACCGAUCCUUUCUGGGACAUCAAGUUCAAACUCGUCUCUGGAGACGACGGCAGCCUAUUCAAAGUGGAGGAAGUCAGAGUAGGGGAUUUCUGCAUUCUGCGAAUCAAAACACGAAGCAGUAAUUCUGCAUCGCUAAACAGGGAAGUAAGAGAUAGUUAUACUCUCACCAUUGAAGCCACUGAAAUCACUUACGACUUCCAGGCCAGGACCAAAGUAUCGAUUCAGGUGCUUGACACCAACGAUCUGAAACCGCUCUUCUACCCAGCCUCGUACAACGUGGUCAUCGGGGAAGACGCACCGUUGAAGUUCAGUGUGGUCAGGGUCAGUGCGACGGACGCGGAUAUUGGCGGCAACGCUGAGUUCUAUUACUCCUUCACGAGUAGAGCCCAUCCGUUCGCCGUUGAUCCUUUCACAGGCGCCAUCAGCCUCGUCAAGAGACUGAACCACAGCCGAGCGGACACGUACGAUCUCACUGUAUUAGCUGAGGACAGGACCAAGAAGAUAUCUGGUGUUCAGAAGUUUGGCAAUGUGGCCAGGGUUACAGUGACCAUAGAAAAGGUCUCCUCGACCGCCCCCAUCGUCAAACCUCUCCCGGUUGUCCUAGCUCAGAAGGACGAAGACGAGAAGAUAACUAUCGAUGUCCAUGUAGAGUCGGGUGUAAAGCCAGUUGAGUCCGUUAGUAUUGUUGGUGGGGAUCCACAGAGGUAUUUUGAGAUUAUCCCAUCCAGCCUGCAAGGCGAUGGUUUCCAAGUGGUCUCCACCAAGAGGAUAAACUGGUCACAGAGCCCAUCUGGAUUUAACCUCUCCCUUCAAGCUAAAGACAAGAGCGGUCCACCUUUAGUUUCUCCAGUUUCAGAAAUCCACAUCCCUCCCUAUAAACAAAUCCUGUUUAGCUUUCUGGAAGACACGUACAUUAUCACACUAAGUGAGUUUUCACCACCAACAACACAUGUGGUCAGAGUUAGUGUGAGUCCAGCACAUCUGAAUGUUACAUACCACAUUAAAAGUAACUCUGAUAGCCCCAAAUUUAAGAUGAACCCCAAAACAGGCAUAAUCGUUACCUCUGAGACUUUUGACUUUGAGAAAAAGUCUCGUUAUGAAUUUGAUGUGUUAGCGAAUCACGGCGAAGCCGAGACUCACAUAGUCGUUGAGAUAACUGACGAAAAUGACAACGCCCCCAAAUUCACCAAACCCUCAUACCAAGCCACACUACCAGAGAAUGCACCUAUCGGCAGCAGCGUUCUAACAGUCUCUGCAAUAGACGAGGACAGGGGCCGAAAUGGUUUCGUGACCUAUGCCAUAGUCAACUCAGCUACUUCCCCAUUCACAAUAGACCCAAUCAGUGGAGUGAUCUCUACAUCUGAGGAUCUGGACUACGAGUUGAUGAAGAGGUGGUAUCAUCUCAGAGUGUGGGCUUCGGACAGCGGCAGUCCCUUCAGUCAUGUUUCUGAGUGCGCUGUGACGAUCACCAUGAGCAACGUCAACGAUAACGCCCCUCUGUUUGAGCAGGUGGGAUGCAACGCCACCAUACCUGUAGAUUUAGCGGUGAGAGAGCCAAUUGCAGGGCUGUCUGCUGUUGACCUGGACGAACUACAACAGCUCAGAUAUGUGAUCGAGUCAGGGAAUGACCAAAAACUGUUUGACAUCGACGCUGCAUCAGGAGUCAUUAAACUGAUCAAACAGAUACCCACAGCUUCGAUAAAGACUGAAUUACCUUCGUUCAGACUCAGAAUCACAGCAACAGAUGGUAAACAUACCUCUGAUCCCUCUGUUGUUACUGUUACUGUUGUCAAACAGGGCACUGAAGCCACCGUCAGUUGUCAGGAGACUGGGAUUUUCAAACAGCUUACAGACAAACUGAUAGAAUCCAUAAAGCCAGUGUUGACUAUCCAGGAUGAGGAAUCUUUCUCGGACGUUUAUAUCAUCAACCGCCACUCUCCUAAGUUCAACUCUGGCAUCCCAAGUACUAUUGACAUCAGAGAGGACUUCCCUUUGAAUUCAACUAUCCUUCACUUCAAGGCUACGGAUAAUGACACCGGAUUCAACAGCAAGCUUGUGUACGCCAUCUCAAGUGGAAAUGAAGACGGGUGUUUCUCCAUUGGUAUUUUCUCUGGGGAGCUUCAGCUUGUGUGUCCUUUAGACCGAGAAACCAAAGAGUUCUACAUUUUGAAUGUAACUGUCUAUGACUUAGGAAGCCCACAAACCUCAGCAUGGAAAUUUCUCGCCGUGAAUCUAUUGGAUGUUAACGACAACCGACCAGUAUUCGACCAAUCCAGGUAUGUCGUGCACAUCCCAGAGAACACAGAGGUUGACACGAGGAUAUUCCAAGUGCACGCAACAGAUUUAGACUCUGAGGGCAAUGGAAACAUCUUAUAUUCGAUGCUAACUCUAACCAGUCUUUUCAAGAUCAAUGAACUCACUGGAGAAGUGAAGGUGUCUGGUCGUUUAGACAGAGAGUCCUUUCCCAGACAUGACCUGAAGAUAGAGGCUAUAGAUCAGUCUAAAACAGACCCACAGCUCUUCUCCAUGACCGAUCUUGUGGUCGUGUUGGAGGACAUCAACGACAAUCCUCCCAAGUUCGUCCCCAAGAUCUACAACAUCAAAGUCCCUGAGGACGUUCCCUUGGGGACGGUGCUACUGUGGGUCGAGAGCUACGACUUAGACCUGGGCAGCGGUGGACAGAUCAGCUACAACCUGAAGAACAGUGAGAACGGGGCCUUUUUUCUGGACGCGUCGACGGGAUCUCUAACCCUUGAGAAGGAACUGGACUUCGAGAGGAGACAGUCUUACAACCUGACGGUUCGAGCGGUUGACCAUGGCCUUCCUCGGUCACUGUCCUCCUCCUGCUUCAUCGAGGUGGAGGUCCUGGAUGUGAAUGAGAACCUGAAUAGGCCAGUCUUCUCCAUGUUUGUCUAUGAGGCCUCGGUGAUGGAGGACGCACAUGUGGGAACCUCAGUGUUGACGCUGACAGCAGCAGACAGGGAUCUGGGGAGAGACGGAGUCGUCAGGUACCACAUCCACGAUGGAUCUGGCCUGGGAGUUUUCAUGAUCGAUGAGGAAACAGGUAAAUAUGUGUGUGUGUGUGUGAUAAUAGUAGAAACUUCACUAUUUGAUACAAUUUUCUUUAGCAUGAAUAUAUUGCUGUUACAGUAGAUGAGAAGAGGAAUGACAGUUGAUAAAGACUGUGGUAAAAAUGGUGUGUUGAAAAAUGGAAAAUGGGAUGUGCAAUGUUAAAAUAAUCUGAGGCUUCUUGGGACCUGUCUAUGUUCCUACAUAAUGGACACUUUACAGCUGAUAGCCUGUGACCUCACAAAGUAUCACAUUCCAUUAGCAUGCGUCAAUCCUGUUGGAAAAAUGCUCUGUCAUUGUAGUGCUGAAACCCUGCACUGAUGCACCAGGCCUCGCUUUCAGAAUAUUACUCCUACUUAUAAUCGUUUACAUUUGAUAGCGUAUCCUCCAGUUGAACCAAAUAACAACUUCUGGGUAAACCUAGAUGAUUUAACAAAGUUGUUCAUCACCACACCUGUCAGCAAAAAAAUGCAAAUACAAGAUGGAUGACAUUAUAAACGAUUUCUCCUUCUGUUUUGCAGGGGUGAUCCGCACGGCUGAGACGUUGGACCGCGAGGCCGUCCCACACUACUGGCUGUCGGUCUAUGCCAAAGACCUGGGCACCAUCCCUCUGGUGACCUGGACAGACGUAUUUCUGGAAGUCCUGGACAUCAACGAUAACCCUCCCCAGCUGUCCCAGCCGGUCUACUUCGGCUCCGUCCUGGAAAACAUGCCUAAUGACAAGUCAGUGCUUCAGGUCACUGCUACUGAUGUGGACAGCUCCUCGGAGGGGAAACUCACCUUCCAGCUGUUGGAGUCACAGCGGAUGUAUUUCACCAUCAACCCCAAGACAGGUAAUUGACACAUUUCACAACACACACACACACACACACACACACACACACACACACACACACCCUCACAUGGUAAUCAGUCCCUGAGGUGUCACUUGGGGCAGUCGGGUGGUGAACUAACUGAACUAACUGAACUAACUGAACUAACUGAACUAACUGAACUAUCUGAACUAACUGAACUAACUGAACUAACUGAACUAUCUGAACUAACUGAACUAACUGAACUAACUGAACUAACUGAACUAACUGAACUAUCUGAACUAUCUGAACUAACUGAACUAACUGAACUAACUGAACUAUCUGAACUAACUUAACUAACUGAACUAACUGAACUAACUGAACUAACUGAACUAACUGAACUAUCUGAACUAUCUGAACUAACUGAACUAUCUGAACUAACUGAACUAACUGAACUAACGUUUCUCAGGCAUGUUUAGUCUGUAUGCCACUACCCUGAUAUCAACGCAGGUUGUGAUCCAGACAGCCUCACCCAGAUUUCAACACAAACAGCUAAAACAGGUUUUCUGAUCUCUUAAACGCUUUAAUUUGGCAGGAGAAUUGGCCUGAUAAAGGGACAGAAGCAGCAUGGGAAAUCUUUACCAAAUGACAUUACAGUAGUGGAUAGCGAAUCAGUGGAUAGAUCGUAGCAGGGUGUGUUUAAUGUCAUAAGACUUGUCCUGGAGGCAGAACUGAGCAAUUUCCCCUUGGACCAGCUGCAAAGUCUAAAUUAACUUUUUGGUCUUAAUUUAAGGUUAGGGUUAGGCAUUAGGGUUAGCAGUGUGGUUAAGGUUAGGGUUAAGGUUGGGGUUAGGUAUAAAAUCAGACUUUGUGGCUGUGCUAGCUAGUGACCACUCUGCAGAGCUGCCUCCAGGGCAAGAUUCAUGACGAAAGAUGCUAACCUGAUUGAUUGUAUUGGCUAACUCCUGCUACACACAUUAUAGUAGUAAAGCAUCCACAGUCCUAAAACGUUGAGUAUUUUAUGAAAAUAACAGGCUCUGGAAGGUUCUCAGAGGUUUUCUUCAAGUGAAGACCAUAAAGCCAAAUAAACACUGUUAGAAAAACAGACUUGUGGGAAGGAAGAAGAGUGAACCAGCUGCCUGGGGCUCAGACAUUGACAGGUGUGCUGGGUCAUUCCGCCAAUUCAGUGCCCUUUUGAGAAGCGUAACUUGGUAAAUACAAACAUUUGAUUUCAGCUCAUUUUAACAUUCUGUCAUAAAGAGCACAUGUUCAAAAAACAUGUUUUCCUAUCUCAAGAGGUUUAUAAAAAAAAUGACUAUAGUAAGUGCCUAUUAAAGGCAGUGGUGGAGAAAGUACCCAUUUGUCAUACUUGAGUAAAAGUAAAGAUACUUUAAUAGAAAAUGACUCAAGUAAAAUUGAAAGUCACCUAGUAAAAUACUACUUGAGUCAAAGUCUAAAAGUAUUUGGUUUUAAAUUUACUUAAAAAUCAAAAGUAAAUGUAAUUGCUAAAAUAUACAGUACCAGUCAAAAGCUUGGACACACAUACUCAUUCAGGGGUUUUUCUUUAUUUUUACUAUUUUCUACAUUGUAGAAUAAUAGUGAAGACCUCAAAACUAUGAAGUAACACAUAUGCAAUCAUGUAGUAACCAAUAAAGUGUUAAACAAGUCCAAAUAUAUUUUAUAUUUGAGAUCAUUCAAAUAGCCACCCUCUGCCUUGAUGACAGCUUUGCACACUCUUGGCAUUCUCUCAACCAGCUUCACCUGGAAUAUUUUUCCAACAGUCUUGAAGGAGUUCACACAUAUGCUGAGCACUUGUUGGCUGCUUUUCCUUCACUCUGUCGUCCGAUUCAUUCCAAACCAUCUCAAUUGGGUUGAGAUUGGGGGAUUGUGGAGGCCAGGUCAUCUGAUGCAGCACUCCAUCACUCUUCUUCUUGGUAAAAUAGCGCUUACACAGCCUGGAGGUGUGUUGGGGCAUUGUCCUGUUGAAUAACAAAUUAUAGUCCCAAUAAGCCGAAAUCAGAUGGGAUGGCGUAUCGCUGCAGAAUGCUGUGGUAGCCAUGCUGGUUAAGUGUGUCUUGAAUUCUAAAUAAAUCACAGACAGUGUCACUAGUAAAGCACCCCCACACCAUAACACCUCCUCCUCCAUGCUUUACGGUGGGAAAUAUACAUGCAGAGAUCAUCUGUUCACCCACACCGUGUCUCAAAAAGCCACAGCGGUUGGAACCAAAAAUCUCCAAUUUGGACUCCAGACCAAAGGACAAAUUUCCAACGGUCUAAUGUCCAUUGCCCAUGUUUCUUGGCCCAAGCAAGUCUCUUCUUCUCAUUGGUGUCCUUUAGUAGUGGUUUCUUUACUGCAAUUCGACCAUGGAUUAUUAGCAAAAAGCAAUUUCUCAAGCAAGAGUUUAGCUAGGACUGUCUGGGAGUAGUCUAAGUGAGGGACCUAAUUGGAGGGAUGUGUAACCUGAAAACUAGCUGUUAUUGGCAGAGAGGAGGGCAAACUCUCUUUGUUAUUGGUCUAUUAACUUAUCCAAAAAGCGUACCCAUGCAAACAAGUGGAAAUUUCAGGCGGUCAUUUCAAACAGCUCUUAUACUAAACAUUCUUAUCACCAUUUUCACAAUUUCACAGUAUUAUUCCAACCGCAUAGUGUGGAAAUGUAUAUAAAACACUGGGAAAUCAUGUUUUUGACUGCACUGCCCCUUUAAGUGCCAAAGAAAGUAACAGGGUUGAUGACUUUUUCUUAAAUCAGCCAUAAAUCCCAUUGUGACAGGGGGAAUGAAAUCAUGUUGUGCGUGACAGGAAGUGGCAAUUGAAUGCAUGCUUCAUUUCUAGCCUGUCUAUCCAUGAGUAACAGAGUUGACUUGUUAUGCUCGACCCGCUCAGUUUUCCACCACAAAACACCAGGAAAUGGCCAAAAAAAAAGUAGAACCAGCUCACCUGCUUUUACUCUAUGAAUUUACUUUUAGAUGUUUAAUGUUUCUUUUGAAAAAAAUAUUUAAAAAUGAAUAGUUUCACCCUUUUAAAACAAGAGUUCAGUUCACGUAACAGGGUACACCUGCUACUGCUGUCCAUGUGGGAAAGACUCCAUAUUGACGACCCUGUUCCUUCUUCCUCCUUCGUUCCCAUCCUCCCCCUCUCAAUUCAAUUAAAUCCCUCUCUGCCCCCCCCCCCCUACCCCCCCUCUGCCCCUCCCCACCUCUCUCCCCCCCCUCUCUGCCCCCUCCCCCCCCUCUCUCUCUAUUUUCUUAGGCGUCAUCAGCACUCUGAGCUCUCUGGACCGGGAACAGAAGUCUGAGCACAGUAUCGAGGUGAGAAACUGAGACAACUGCUUUUUAUUAAACAACGUGCAUUUUUUAUGAGAUCGUUAAAAGGCCUAUAAUGAGAGUUUAAACUAGCCUAUAAAUGAUCCAUAAUGUGUGUGGUCUUGAUAAAGAACAUUGUUCACAAAAUAUAUGUGACUUAUGAUACAUACAACUUUAUAAAUUAAUUUAAGUCUUAAUCAAUCCUCCAAAUCCUGCUGUUAGACUAACCCCUCUUCCUCCAUAUCCUGCUGUUAGACUAACCCCUCUUCCUCCAUAUCCUGCUGUUAGACUAACCCCUCUUCCUCCAUAUCCUGCUGUUAGACUAACCCCUCUUCCUCCAUAUCCUGCUGUUAGACUAACCCCUCUUCCUCCAUAUCCUGCUGUUAGACUAACCCCUCUUCCUCCAUAUCCUGCUGUUAGACUAACCCCUCUUCUUCCAUAUCCUGCUGUUAGACUAACCCCUCUUCCUCCAUAUCCUACUGUUAGACUAACCCAGUGCUUCUCAAUUAUUACAACAAAUAAUAACUUUAUUAACAUUGUUUUUUAGUCUGUAACAGAAAAUACUUAAAGUGCAUCAAUUUGCCUGAAAAAAAAAAAAAAUGUCAGCCUUAUUUAAACUGUAAAAAUUUUUUGACCAUUUGAUACUGAAAAAUAAAAUGAAAUAUAAUCAAUAAAUAAUAAUACAUUCAAAUUGAUCAGCAACAUGAACUCAGGAGCACAAUAUAUGAAACACUUUGACCUAUAAAACAAAAAUGAAUAAAACAAUUUGUGUUGAUUUUUUAAAAUCAAAAUGAGGAAGUCAGGAUGAAUGGCUACAAUGAGCACGUUUUGCAGUGCACAGCUUUUCGAUGCGGGGUUUGAAGCAUGAUACUGCAACUCUCAGCUCCUGCUCAAUGUUUAGCUGGGACCUGUACUUGGUCUUCAGUGCAGCAACAGCAGAGAAGCCAGUCUCACAAAGAUAAGAUGUUGCAAAAGGAAGAAGAAUGCCCCAUGGCCCUCUGCCCUAAGAGUGGAUACUGCCUCUCUACACUCAGCCAGAAUUCACUCAGUGUCUGUGAUGUGAACCUCAGUCUCAAUGUGGAGUCAGACGUCAUAUCAAUGAACUGGUCCUCCUCUGCAGAGCUGAAACCAGUUGGAGCUGGUGCAUUGAAAGGAUCUCUCACCCAGUCAUAUUGGGAACUGUUUUCAGGGAAGUACUUUUUAAAGAAUCCCAUCAGUGAUGAAAUAUGCUCCUUAAUAUAUGGAAUCACUGAGGUGGCAUCAUAGUCAGUAGUGUCAACAAAUUCAUGCAGGUUCUCGAAUGAAUCAAUAUUUCCAUCAUCAAGUCGCCUGCCCCACAUUGCAAGCUUUCGAGUGAAAGAGCUGAUCUUGUCUGUGACCUGAGGGAGGUGUUUAUCUUUCCCUUGAAGUUGUAGAUUUAGUUCAUUUAGCUUUCCAAAUAUGUCACUCAGGUAGGCCAGUUUUGCCAGGAAGUUCUCAUCACAAAAUUUUUCUGCGAGGUCGUUCUUGUGCUCCUGCUCCGAAAACAUUCUUAUCUGCUCUCUGAGCUCAAAAACUCGGGACAAUACUUUUCCUCGUGACAGCCACCUUGCUUCACUGUGAAACAGCACAGCUUGAUGUUCAGCUCCCAUCUCCUCACAGAUAGCAGAGAAGACUCUUGUUUUUAGUGGUCUGGUCUUUAUAAAAUUGACUACACCUACAAUGUCAGUCAUAACCUCACUUAAUUCAGAGGAAAGGUGCCUUGAUGCCAGUGCUUCUCUGUGUAUAACACAGUGUGUCCACUCAGCAUUAGGUGAGGCCUUCUUGAUGAGUGCCCGAAGUCCUUUUCUCAUCCCUGCCGUGGUCUGUGCACCAUCACUGCAAACACCAAUGCAGUUCUCCCACUUUAGCCCAUUCUCAGUCAGGAAGCAGUCCAGCUUUUUGAAUAGCUCUUCAGCUGUGGCUCUGUCUCUGAUAUAUUUACAAAAAAGUAGAUCCUCACACGGGGAGUUUGUCAUGUCAAAACGUACAUAAGCGAUAAACAAACAGUCUUUGUUGCUGUGUCAGUUGCUUCAUCGAACUGUAAGGCAAAACGUUUGUCUUUGAGUUUAUCUACCAGCUGUUCUUUAAGAUCGUUAUCAAUGUCAUCUAUACGUCUGGCGACAGUGUCAUUGGACAGAGGGAUAGUCUUUAUUUUUGCAGCACUUGCGUCAUCCUGCAUGACAGAGACCAUGUCUAAUGCUGCAGGCAGUAUCAGCUCCUCUGCUAUGGAGUGGGGUUUUCUGCACUGAGCAAUUCGGUACGCCACCUUAUAUGAUGCUAACAGUGCUCGCUGGUUUACUGAAGUAGCAUUCACAAAGCGGGACGAUUGUUGGCUAUAUUCGGCACGUUUUCGCUGAAAAAAACUCAAGCGGCUUAUCAGCGUGAUUGGGCUGUAAUGUCUUUAAGUGACUCCUUAAUUUAUUUGGCUUCAUGCUGUCCGCUGCCAACAUUUCUAGACACAGUAAACAUACCGGUCUUUCCUCGUCUCCCACUGUAGUCACAGUGAAGCCAAGCGCUACAUACGCUUCGUCAUAUUUCCUCGUCUUAGCUUUCGGGAGACUUACGUUUGUCUCAUUAUCUCCGUCUCUCUUUCUUUUCAUCCCUGUAAAAUAUUUUUCCAUGGUGUCUCUUAAGGGUUUGUUAUCUGCACUUCAUAUCUCCUGCUCUGUGCUGUGUGCUCUUGUUCGGUGCAAAAAAAACCUACUCCCUGCGGCAAAAAAAAGCAUGUUCCACGGGGUCACACGCGCCCCCCACCCCCAGCAUCGCUCCGAGCCCCCCCCAGGGGGGCGUGCCCCACUAUUUGAGAAGGACUGGACUAACCCCUCUUCCCCUUCUUCUCCUCUCAGGUGAUAGUGUCAGACAACGGAGCCCCUGCUCUCCACUCCACCUCUACAGUAAUCAUCCAGGUGCUGGAUGAGAAUGACAACAGACCCCAGUUCAACCACAAGCUCUUCCAGGUCUGCUUCUGCUGGUUCUUUGGGGUCUCGGGUCAGCAUCCCAAAUGGCACCCUAUUCCCUACAUAGUCUGCGUUCAUACAGGCAGCCCAAUUCUGAUAUUCUUUCCACUAAUUGAUUUUUUUCACCAAUCACAUCAGAUCUUUUCACAUCAUAUCUUUCUCAGAGCUGAUCUUGAUUGGUCAAAAGCCAUUGUGCACUACUUCUUACUAGGACCGUGUAGGGAUCUGAUAAAAAGUAGUGCACUAUUUAGGGAUUAGGAUGCCAUUCAGCCCCACUUACUAUUAAAGUACUUUCUGACCACUGCUGAUGUAAUAAAGGGCUUUUAUAAAUAAAUGUGACUGGGUGAUUCAUUGAUUGUUUCCAGGUCAAACUGCCUGAGCAACACAGGCGUCAGGGGGCAGAGCCACAGGUGGAGGUGUGCCGGAUGGUUGCCCAGGACGACGAUGAAGGGCCUAAUGCUGAGGUCACCUUCAGUCUCCAGGACAACCAGGACGAGAGGUUUGAGAUCCAUCCAGACACUGGGGUGGUGACGGCACGGAGGGACUUCACAGCAGGCAACUACAGCAUCCUCACGGUAGGUGGACCAUAGAUCAUAAUACAACCACAUAGUUACAUGUUCCACAGAUCCUUCUGCUUUUCACAACCACACACAGUGGUGGAGCACUCUGUAGGACACCUGCUAUCCUUAAACAAAUACAACCACGUCUUCUUUCAUGGCUCUCAUUCACAUGCAGGGAGAGUGUAAACUUGCAUGUGAAGUUGCAUGUGAACACCAUUGUGAUGAACACCAACCCUGUCAUGUUCUCAUGUACUGUGAUGAGUAACGCAAAGAUCCACACCAGUUCAAUAACAUUAGCAUGUCCUCUCCACCCCAUCCCUUCCCUCUGUCAGAUCAAAGCAGAGGACCGCGGGAGCCCGGCGAGGUCGUCAACAGUCCGCCUCGACGUAGAGUGGAUCCCCAAGCCGACGCCCACCUCCGAGCCGUUGACGUUUGACGAGCCACACUUCACCUUCGCUGUCAUGGAGACGGAUCCUGUCACUCACAUGGUGGGGAUCAUCCUCACAGAGACACAGAGGCUGCUGUGGUAUGACAUCACAGGUCAGCACUAACACCGUUAACUCUGAUGUGUGGACGUGAGCUGUAUGUUGUGUGUAGAUGAUAUGGACCAAAGUACAGCUAAGUGUUUUUCAGUGUGUAGAAUUACAGCCUAUUUUAUAGAAACUAACAUCCUGGAAAAUAUGAUCAGAUUUGUGUAAUUUGAUGUUGCUAUAGCAAUAGUUAUGUUAGUUGACACAGUAAAGGCUUAGAGUAACGUUACCGUGAAAGUAGCUGUUUUAUUAUGGGAUGAGUCAAAAUUAAGAUGAUAUGUGAACGUUUCACACAUUAUCGGCAUGUCCUUAAAGGCAAGACAAAACAUGACCCGUCAAAAGAUUGCACCAUGUAAACUAUGAUGGUAGUAGAUUGAGUUCAUGUCACUCUGCUGUUGAACAGAGCAGCAGGCCUGGUCUCAGUGUGGCAGAUAACACCUCAGCUAGAGGCAGGGGCCCAGUGUGUGUGUGUGUGUGUGUGUGUGUGUGUGCGUGCGUUUGUGUGUGUGUGUGUGUGUGUGUGUGUGUGUGUGUGUGUGUGUGUGUGUGUGUGUGCGUGUGCGUGUGCGUGUGCGUGUGCGUGCGUGUGCGUGUGUGUGUGUGCGUGCCCUACACCCCAGCAAGGGGAGAACAGAGCCAUAUUUCCUCAGAUGAAGGGCCAGGACACUACAGGACAGAUAGAGUCUAACUCUGAUGGGUCAUCUGCCUUACAUGGCCCUGUGUCAAAACAUGCUGCUAAACUUUGCUAAAGUAUUAGUCUAGCUCUUUCACAAUUAAAUUAACUUUGAUUAACUUGGAAAAAAGAAGGAUUGAUCCCAAACAUCAAGUACGGUAGCACUUUAAAAUAACACUAUAUUAUUAACAUUUCUGCUGCAUAAAUGUGUUUGUGAAAAUAUUCCAAUGAAAGCAAAGCUUUGUGGUGGGACAUGCAGUGCAUUUGGAAAGUAUUCAGACCCCUUGACUUUUUCCACAUUUUGUUACGUUAAAGCCUUAUUCUAAAAUUGAUAAAGUAAAACAUGUUUCUCAUCAGUCUAUACACAAUACCUCAUAAUGACAAAGCAAAAACAGGUUUUUAGAAAUGUUUGCAAAUGUAUAAAUAAAUAAAAACAGAAAUACCUUAUUUACAUAAGUAUUCAGACACUUUGCUAUGAGACUCGAAAUUGAGCUCAGGUGCAUCCUGUUUCCAUUGAUCAUCCUUGAGAUGUUUCUACAACUUGAUUGUAAUCCACCUGUGGUAAAUUCAAUUAAUUGGACAUGAUUUGGAAAGGCACACACCUGUCUAUAUAAGGUCCCACAGUUGACAGUGCAUGUCAGAGCCAAAACCAGGUAAUGAGGUCGAAGGAAUUGUCCGUAGAGCUCCGAGACAGGAUUGUGUCGAGGCACAGAUCUGGGGAAGGGUACCAAAACAUUUCUGCAGUAUUGAAGGUCCCCAGGAACACAGUGGCUUCCAUCAUUCUUAAAUGGAAGAAGUUUGGAACCACCAAGACUCUUCCUAGAGCUGGCCGCCCAGCCAAACUGAGCAAUCGGGGGAGAAGGGCCUUGGUUAGGGAGGUGACCAAGAACCCGAUGGUCACUCUGACAGAGCUCCAGAGUUCCUCUGUGGAGAUGGGAGAACCUUCCAGAAGGACAACCAUCUCUGCAGCACUCCACCAAUCAGGCGUUUAUGGUAGAGUGCCAGACGGAAGACACUCCUCAGUAAAAGGCACAUGACGGCCCGCUUGGAGUUUGCCAAAAGGCACCUAAAGGACUCUCAGACCAUGAGAAACGAAAUAAUCUGGUCUGAUGAAACCAAGAUUGAACUCUUUGGCCUGAAUGCCAAGCGUCACGUCUGGAGGAAACCUGGCACCAUCCCUACGGUGAAGCAUGGUGGUGGCAGCAUCAUGCUGUGGGGAUGUUUUUCAGUGGCAGGGACUGCGAGACUAGUCAGGAUCGAGGGAAAGAUGAACGGAGCAAAGUACAGAGAGAUCCUUGAUGAAAACCUGCUCCAGAGCGCUCAGGACCUCAGACUGGGGCGAAGGUUCACCUUCCAACAGGACAACGUCCCUAAGCACACAUCCAACGCAGGAGUGGCUUCGGGACAAGUCUCUGGAUGUCCUUGAGUGGCCCAGCCAGAGCCCGGACUUGAACCCGAUCGAACAUCUCUGGAGAGACCUGAAAAUAGCUGUGGAGUGACGCUCCCCAUCCAACCUGACAGAGCUUGAGAGGAUCUGCAGAGAACAAUGGGAGAAACUCCCCAAAUACAGGUAUGCCAAGUUUGUAGCGUCAUACCCAAGAAGACUUGAGGCUGUAAUCGCUGCCAAAGGUGCUUCAACAAAGUACUGAGUAAAGGGUCUGAAUACUUCUGUAAAUGUGAUAUUUCAGUUUUGUUUUUUGUUAUUUAUUAAUUUGCUAUAUAAAAUCUGUUUUUGCUUUGUCAUUAUGGGGUAUUGUGUGUAAAUUGAUGAAGAACAAAUGAUAUUGAAUCCAUUUUAGAAUAAGGCUGUAAUGUAACAAAAUGUGGAAAAAGUCAAGGGAUCUGAAUACUUCCCGAAUGCACUCAACCAUGGUAAUUUAGAUGGCGCCUCGAAAAGCACUUGAUGGCUAAAUGUGGCAGACAAUGCAAUUCUAUCGUGUUGAGAUCUUCAGCUUUUCAUUUGACUUGUUCUUCGAUUGCUGCUUUUCUACUCUUCAGCUGGUCAACACAUUAUAUAUUGAAACAAACAAUCUAUUUAUUCUCCGUCUCUUUCAAAGCCUCUGUCAAUAUUUUUAAUCUGGGCAUCGGAUACAUUGGAUGGUUUCUUCCCUGUAGGUUAAUGUUUUUCAUCAUGAAUCUUGUUCUAAAGGCAGAUUUACAGAGCGGUCACUAGCUGGCAACAAAUUCAUAAAAUCUGAUUUUAAACCUAAUCCUAACCUUAACCCUAACCUUAAUCACACUGCUAACCCUUAUGCCUAACCCUGACCUUAAAUUAAGACAAAAAAACAAUUGUUUGGACAAUAUAGCCAAUUUUGACUUUGCAUCUGGCCUAUCUAAGGGGAAAUCGCUCAGUUCUGCCUCCAGGACAACCCAUUGGGCACACACUGGUUGUAUCAACAUUGUUUACACAUAAUUUCAAUGAAAUUACGUUGAACCAACAUGGAAUAGACAUUGAAUUGACGUCUGUGCCCAGUGGGAAGACUCAUGACAAUAAACAUCAACCAGCGUUUUUUUUUUUACGUUGCAAAAGCACCAACUAGAAAUCUAAACAUUUGAUUAAUUAUUCAAUAAUGCUGAACAUUUUGUUGGGAGAAGUGACAUUUUUUUUUUAUGUCAUAUUUUCAUGUUGUCCCACCGGUGAUAUUAAAAGGAAAAGCUUGUUUAAAAUGGAGUCGUGUGAGCCUUGAAAAGGUGCAUGUAUUUCUUAAUAAACACCAUCUGGCUAAACAAGCAUGAGCUUUACCCCUACUGUUCUCGGCGUCUGUUCAAAGCAUGUCGCUGCCAAAUGUUCCCCCUUAAACAAUUGUGUUACACUUAUUCUGGUACACUUGGACACAGGGGGCAACCUUUUGCUGCAACCUUGUUUUCUGUCAUUAAUACAUACGUGGCUGAGCAUGGGAGGAUGACGAUGUUUCGUUUUUUAAUUUUUUUAAUUUAACUAGGCAAGUCAGUUAAGAACAAAUUCUUAUUUAUUUCUUAUCUACCCCGGCCAAACCCGGACGACGCUGGGCCAAUUGUGCGCCGCCCUAUUGGACUCCCAAUCACGGCCGGAUUGUGAUACAGCCUGGAAUCGAACCAGGGUGUCUGUAGUGACGCCUCAAGCACUGAGAUGCAGUGCCUUGGACCACCGCGCCACUCGGUCUGUAGUGACGCCUCUAGCACUGAGAUGCAGUGCCUUAGACCGCUGCGCCACUCGGGAGCCCCAUACUGGCAGAUUGUAAAAAAAAUUCUCUCAGUAAAAGGAGGCGUAUUAUGCACAGGGAGUAAUGCCUCUAAACUGUUGAGGGUGCAAUACAGUACGCGUGUUUGUGGCCAUGUUCAGUGAGGCCUCUUAGCUCAUGUUCCGUAAUUCACACGCACGCCUGCAGGGCGAUGGCCAACAUUCUAAGGGGUGAAAUUAGGUAUUAACCCCACUCAGUAGUUUUGGGAUGUUUUGUUGGUGUUCUUGUCUUUUCCACCUGUCCUGACUGGGCAAACUCCAUUUCCAGUGGACGCUCCAAACAGCUGCUCACAGGUCCAUCUGUAGAAAGAAUGAUCCUCCAACCACAGCCAAGUCAUUAUGGUUCUGAACCUGUGUGUCACAACUUCCAUAUGGGCUCUCACUCACUCCCUCCUCCCAUAAAGCCAGUGGGGCCAGUCUCAGUGACGGACACUUACGAAGCCAAACAACCUGAGAGACUCUGUGAAGGCUUCCAUUGAGGCCAAGAACCCGAUGGUCACUCUGACAGAGCUCCAGAGUUCCUGUGGAGAUGGGAGAACCUUCCAGAAGGACAACCGUCUCUGCAGCAAUCCAACAAUCAGGCCUUUAUGGUAGAGUGGCCAGAAGGAAGCCACUGGUGAUUGAAUGAUAUUGAUUGAUUUUCACCAUCUCCUAUCUACUGUGUUGUUCUCUCCCAGGGGGCGAUGAGGAGCAGGACUUUGACAUUGAGAGGAACACAGGCAGCAUCGUGAUCGCCAGGCCUCUGGAUGCAGGGAAGAAGUCCAACUAUAAUCUGACUGUACAGGUUACAGACGGGCAUCAGGUCGCAACCACACAGGUGAUGCACAUAUGAAAUACAUGGUAAAUUAGUAGUUAUUGUAAAACUUUAGAUUAAAUUGCUCUUCCUGUCUGUCUGUCUGUCUGUCUGUCUGUCUGUCUGUCUGUCUGUCUGUCUGUCUCUCUCCUAGGCAUAUAUCCGUGUGCUGGACAUGAAUGAGCAUCGACCCAUGUUCAUGAAGUCGAUCUACGAGGUCAGAGUGCCAGAAGACACCUCUCCAUGGAAGGACAUCCUCCAAAUCUCUGCUCAGGACCGAGACAGCAACAGCAAACUCAUCUACUCCCUCCACAGCAGCGUCCAUCCAGACAGCCUGAAGGACUUCCAUCUGGACCCUAAGAGUGGUGUUCUGGUCAUGACUGAGCAGCUGGACCACGAGAAGCUUUCUGUGCACACGCUCACUGUGAUGGUAACGCUGUUUAUGUUUUUAGUGAUGUUUCCUUUUUCAUCUCCCUUUACAUUGACAACAUGAGGACCUAAAGUACAGCGUAUCUAUCAUAACCGUUUCACAAAGUACUCUCUGUCAGAUUAUAGCAAUCCUUUUUUUUUUCUUCUGGUUAUCUAGGAAUUUGAGUUGGAUGAAGUUAUCGUCCCUACACUGUCCUGCUCUCACCAUCUCCUUGAACUCCACAGGUUCGAGAUCAGGAGAUCCCAGUGAAAAGAAACUUUGUGAAGGCAGUGAUUCACGUGGAGGACUGCAACGACCACUCUCCUGCCUUCAUGGCAGCCGACUAUGAGGGCACUAUCACCAAUCAGGCUGCGGCUGGGACAGAGGUGCUGCGUGUCAAGGCUCUGGAUAAGGACGUUGGGAGCAACGCUCAGAUUAUCUACUCCGUUCACUCAGGUACAACACAGAUCUGAGAUUAUGAGGGUAGAUUAUGAGGGAUUUGAAUUAUGAAAAAUCUUCAAGUGUGAUUAUCUAUUUUUAGCAUUCUUUUAUAAGUACAUUCUAUUCUUAAAGCAUUCUUUGAUAAUUAUUUUUACUUGGUUGAACACUCACAUAUAGGCAAAUGUGUUGACAAUAAAACAUUCUAUACACAAAAAUAUCUGUUUGUGAAAUAAUUUGUUAAUUUGUAUUUGGUCAUUGUUCGUCUUUACAGGGAAUGUCGACAACACCUUUGACAUCGAUGGCGAGCUGGGGAGUAUCACUGUCGCCAAGCCUCUGGACAACCUACCCCAGGAGCAGUUUCAUCUGACAGUGAAGGCCACAGACCAGGGUUUCCCCCAGCACAGCGACCUCUGUUCUGUCUCCAUCACCGUCCUGCUAUCAGACAGAACCCCUCCCAGGUUAAUAUGUAUUUAAACUAGUAUUAUGUUGUUUGAUAGUUCUUAAAGGUUUUAAUUUGUAAAUUGCAUCAAAUAAUUCAACUUCAGCUACUCUUGAUAUUAUGUACUGCUUUACUAAUUGUUAAUAAAAACCAUUCUAUCUUCUCUCUCCCAGGUUCCCCUCUGAUGAGUACUUCUCAGAAGUCAGUGAAGCCAGUCCUCUGGGAACUCCCGUGAUCACUGUCUCUGCAGCCAGCCCAUCUUCAGUCCACUACAGCAUCAAAGAUGGAGACCCUAACGGAACCUUCCACAUCAAUGCAGACUCCGGAGUUCUCUCUGUCCAAACGAGCCUCAACUUCGAGGAAUGUUUCUCGUACAGACUCAAAGUGCGUGCCAGCACCUCGGCAGGAGCCUCGUCAGAUACGGUUGUUUACGUCUAUGUGAUAGAUGAGAAUGAUAACCCUCCGGUGUUCCUCCAGGAGAUAUUCCAUGGCCAGAUUAGUGAGUCUGCUCACAUAAACAGCAUGGUGAUGGGGGAGAGCAACACACCUCUGGUGAUACGAGCCUCCGAUGCCGACAGGGACUCUAACUCUCUCCUAGUCUUCCAAAUCCUGGAACCGGAAGCGAUGAAAGUCUUCAAGAUAGAUCCCAGCAUGGGUACAAUCUCUGUGAUAUCUGAGGUGGACUUUGAAGAAACACCUGAGUUUCGCUUCAGCAUUCAGGUACGGGACUCAGGGGAACGGUCGCUGUACGCAGCGGAGCCAGCCAGAGUCACCAUCCUUGUCCUGGAUUUCAAUGACUGUUCCCCCAAAUUCGCUACGCCGGUGUACGAGUCGUCCAUCAUCUUCCCUCCUGUCAGAGAGAUGGAGGUUGUACGGGUCACGGCACAAGAUGCAGAUUCAGCUGUCUCAUACAGCAUCACAGAGGGCAACCUUCAACAUGCUUUUCUCAUUCAUCCUUCCACUGGUGCUAUCUCUGUAUACAAUGUUUCAGAGUUUAAAUCCUUUUACCAGCUGCUGGUCAAAGCCUCUGACGGCCUGUACAAAGACCUUGCCACAGUUAAGAUAAACAUCACCAACAUAACAGCAGGCGGCCAUCUUGAAUUUGAGCAGGGAUUGUAUGCAGCCACCAUUGUGGAGAACUCGACAUCGGUCAAAACGUUAGCUGUGUUGAGAGCUUCAGGUAGCUACUUGAACGAGCCUCUGAUUUACUCUGUAUUGAACCCAAUGGGACGGUUUUCUAUAAUCCCAACAUCAGGGGUGCUUGAGACCACCGGCGUCCCCUUCGACAGAGAGGAGCAGGAUGUCUAUGACAUAGUGGUGGAGGUGAGUGACAUGAGGAGCCCCCCUCGCAGGGCAAUAACCCAUGUCAACGUUUACAUAGUUGACGUCAAUGACAAUCCACCAAGGUUCUUGAACCUGCCUCACUCCAUGAUGAUCUCUGAUGACACAGACCCAGGAGAUGUAAUCUUUCAAGUGAUGGCCUCCGACAGUGAUCUUGGAGAAAAUGGCUCAAUUAUGUACUUGUUGGAGGAAGAUUUUGAUCUGUUUAGGAUAGACCCUUAUGUUGGUGACGUGUCCCUUCAGCGGCCUAUAGACUUUGAAGCUACAAAUAAAUAUACCCUGACUGUCCUGGCCACAGACGAGGGCUCGCCCAGUUGGACCGUUUCAGAAGAGCUGAGUAUCACGGUGAGAAAUCGCACCAACCCCAUUUUUCAGACUUUGCUCUAUCCUCUGAAAGUCCCUGAAAACAUAUCUCCCUUCACCACCAUCUUGCAUGUACAAGCAAGAAACCCUGAGGGAUACCGGCUUAUUUACAAUCUGGAAGAGGAGAACGCAUCAAAACACUUUCACAUAGAUUUUAAAACAGGAGUGUUAAGUGUCACUGAUUUAUUGGACUAUGAGAGCCAGACAAUGCAUCUAUUGACGGUCCGAGCCACUGACACUGUGACAGGCUCCUAUUCAGUGGCUGCUGUCGAAAUAGAGGUUGAAGAUGUUAACGAUAACCCUCCAGUCUUCUCCAAGCUGACUGACACAGUAGAUAUGCCUGAAGGAUUACCCAUAGGCACAUCUGUUUUACAGAUAUCAGCCACAGAUAGAGACUCGGGCAGAAAUAAAGACAUAACUUUCCAUAUUUUGCGGACGGGGGAAAAUGAAACAGACUUCUUUGAGAUAGAUCCCCAGAGCGGUCUAAUUAUUACGACACAGGUGUUGGACUAUGAGAACACGAAGCACUUCCAGUUAAAGAUCAAAGCCAUAGAUAAUGGCACAAACCCAUUGAGCAGCGAAGCCUAUGUCAUUGUUAACGUAACCGAUGUCAACGAUAACCCUCCAAACUUCUCCAUGCCCCACUAUCAGGCAACACUGGAUGAAAUGGCCAAAUGUGGCCACAUCGUCAUAAAAAUCCAAGCUUCGGACCCCGACACCAGAGACUUUAACAAUCUACAGUAUAAGAUCCUCUCGGGUAAUGAGGGAAGAUACUUCGCCAUCAACGAAUCCUCUGGGAUUAUCUCCUUUUCUAAUGUCUGCAAGAGAAAUGUGGACCCAUUCUACAACCUCACCGUAGCUGUGUCAGAUGGCGUUUUCCAGAAUACAGCCCCCGUGAUCAUUGAUAUGAUGAACACUAAUAAACACAGCCCCUAUUUUAACAAGAACAUCUACGAGGCGGAACUAGCUGAGAACGCCGAGGCUGGAACACGUGUGAUUCGCCUGGCCGCCAUAGACCCUGACGAUGGACCUUACGGCAGCGUGGACUACACCAUCAUCAAUAAACUGGCAGAUGAGAAAUUCUCCAUAGACAAGAAUGGACAGAUCGUAACAUCUCAACCUUUAGAUCGCGAGAACCCAUCCCAAAGAGUGAUCGCCGUCAAGGUGAUGGCUAAAGAUGGCGGAGGGAAAGUAGCGUUCUGCACUGUGAAGAUUAUCCUGACAGAUGAGAAUGAUAAUGCCCCUCAGUUCAAAGCGUCAGAGUAUCAGGUCUCAAUCCAGUCUACUGUAAACAAAGGCUCUCCCGUGAUUCAGAUAAUGGCGUACGACGCAGACGACGGCAAAAAUGCUGACGUCACCUACACCGUGGACGAAACAGAGGAAGUGACCGAGGACAUCAUCGAGAUCAACCCCUUCACUGGCAUUGUCAGCGUCAAAGAGAGCCUGAUAGGUCAAGAGAACAAGAUAUUCAACUUCAAAGUCAAGGCUCGGGAUGGCGGAUUACCGUUCUACAACUCCACGGUUCCGGUGCAGGUGAAAGUAGUCCCACCUGAGGUCCCUCUUCCGAAGUUCUCCGAGCCGCUGUACACCUUCUCUGCAGCCGAGGACAUCUCUAUGGGAACAGAGAUCGGGACGAUCAAGGCCGACUCCGAUAUGCCAGUCAUCUACAGCCUGGUCAAUGGCAACACUGUGGAGAGUAACAGAGACAGAGUGUUUGCUCUGGAUAAAGAGAGCGGUACUCUACUCGUCCAGAAGAGCAUCGACCACGAGAAGACCAAGUGGUAUCAGAUAGAUGUUAUUGCUCAAGGCAACCACAACGGGACCGACGUAGCCUCGCUGGUGUCGGUCAGCAUCCAGGUCCAGGAUGUGAAUGACAACGUGCCGGUGUUCGAGGCCAACCCUUACAAGGCCUUCCUGGCUGAGAACAUGCCACCAGGAACCACCGUCAUCCAGGUAUGUUUUUUUUCAGAUAUAUUUUUUUCAUUGAUCUUAUAUUUUUGUACUUGAGUGUUGUGUGCAAUUCUUUAUGAUUUCUGUGUUCAUGAUGUGCAAAUCAAAUUCUCUUUUAGGGCAAUAACAGUUUAGUUAAUUAAUUAAUCCAUUAAUUAAUUAAUCCGUCCAGGUGACUGCCAACGACCCUGACCAGGACACCAAUGGACAGGUGACCUACACCUUGGAAGCCGAACCCGAUGACAUCGCCAAUGUCUUCUCCAUCGACAGUGAGAGCGGUUGGAUAACUACUCUGAGAGAAACGGACAGUGAGACGACACAGCACUACAGCUUCACAGUGGUGGCUACUGACCACGGUGGGAUGGUUAAGCUCUCGUCCUCGGUUCUAGUGGAGGUGACGGUGACUGACGAGAACGACAACCCUCCUCGGUUCACGGAGGACGUGUACCAUGGGUCUGUCAUGGAGAACACUAGGCCUGGGGAGGUCAUCGUGAGCCUGACGACCGUUGAUAUGGAUGUGACUAAAGAGAACAGGCAGAUCACGUGCUACAUCACAGGUGAGUCUUGUUGAUUGAUUAAUUUGAUUGAUUGAAUGAUUGAUCACAUACACUUUUUGAAGUAGUUGAAUGGUAGUUUUCUCAGGUCUAUCAGCAUUAUGAACAACAUUUAAAUAAGAAACAGAGCAACAUAUCUUCUAUAGUCAUGUGUCAUUAUAACAGAACAAUAUAUCUUCUAUAAUGGCUCAUUAUAACAGAACAAUAUAUCUUCUAUAGUCAUGUCUCAUUAUAACAGAACAAUAUAUCUUCUAUAAUGGCUCAUUAUAACAGAACAAUAUAUCUUCUAUAAUGGCUCAUUAUAACAGAACAAUAUAUCUUCUAUAAUGGUUUAUUCUAAGUGUAAAAGUGACUACAUUGACAGGAAGAAUGAUGUGGUGGUUAUGAUCAAACCCAUAUAGGUCUCCGGGUAGCGUUGAUAUUCCAUUUAUAGCGUUCAAAUGUUUUUCCUUAGAUGGAGACCCAUUGGCCCAGUUCUCCGUUGUGCAAGAGGGAGAGGAGUGGGUGCUGGUCCUCAAAGAGUCCCUUGACCGCGAAGAUAAAGAUAAGUACUCCCUGAAGAUAACAGUUACCGACGGGAGAUUCGAGGCCCCUGCCACAGUAGAGGUCCAUGUUCUAGACAUCAACGAUAACAGUCCUCUGUGUGAGCAGGUACGUCAGUCGGCCAUGACACUACGGUAUAUAUUUAGAUCCCUGUAGAUGAUAUACUACAUACAUGCAGAGCGGUAACACGUUGUACCUACAUAAGGACUUUAUAACAGUUCAUACAUACAUAACACAUACAUGAGCAGUAUUCCUACCUAAGCAUGGAUAAAAUGCCUAAUGUCAACAACUGCAAUUUGACCUAAGGUGAAGCUAACUAUCGAUGUUUCUUUCCAGUUGCUGUACACAGAGGUUGUCAUGGAGAAUUCCCCGUCAAGCAUGUUCAUACUGAAGGUUUCAGCGUCGGACCCAGACAUCGGCACCAACGGACAAAUGUCCUACACCCUCCACGGCCCCAACGCAGACAAGUUCCAUCUUGAUCAAAAGACAGGUUAGAGACAACUGUUAUUUGGGGUGUAAACAAAAAGAGGCCCUAAGUGAAAUCCGUUAUUUGUUUGGGUUGAGAGAUAACAUCUCCAUUCUUACAAAAUACUUAAACUGAGGUCUUCAAGAAGACAAGAUGGUGCACUGUCAGACCACCACAUGUUUUUUCCAUGUUUGGUUCUUUGGCUUUUCAUCAUACUUCCUGUUUGUCAUAGCACUAGCCUAUCAUCAAUCUAUCUUCAUUAUUGUAAGCCAAUCAGGGCUCAUAAUCUCAAGAAUUUGUCCUUUCACGUUACAUAUAUGCUAAGAGAUGCUUUGAUAUGCUCUUCAACCCAAAGUAAUGGUAUGGCGCUGGUAGUAUGGUGAAUGACUACCAGAAAUGUAAACAUUUUGUGAUUUAUUUGUACUUCUCAUUGUUUCCUUCUUGAUAGAAUUCAGUAAAUAUUUUGUAAACUGUGACGCUAUUUUUAAAGAAUGCAAAGGCCUACUGUCUGGCCCCUUUUCCCAUAAUUUUGAUAUACUAUACAUCUCAGUGUUUUUCCCCACCAUUUUGAUAUACACUACCAGUCAAAAGUUUGGACACACCUACUCAUUCAAGGGUUUUUAUUUAUUUUUACUAUUUUCUACAUUGUAGAAUAAUAGUGAAGACCAUCAAAACUAUGAAAUAACACAUAUGGAAUCAUGUAGUACACAAAAAAGUGUUAAACAAAUAACCGUGCUAGUUAAGUGUGCCUUGAAUUCUAAAUAAAUCACAGACAGUGUCACCAGCAAAUAUCCCAACCUGGAAGUGUGUUUUGGAUCAUUGUCCCAAUGAAAAACAAAUGAUAGUGUCACUAAGCACAAACCAGAUGGGAUGGCGUAUCGCUGCAGAAUGCUGUGGCAGCCAUGCUGGUUAAGAGUGCCUUGAAUUCUAAAUAAAUCACAGACAGUGUCACCAGCAAAGCACCCCACACCAUAACACCUCCUCCUCCAUGCUUCACAGUGGGAACCACACAUGUGGAGAUCAUCCGUUCACCUACUCCGUGUCUCACAAAGACAUGGUGGUUGGAACCAAAAAUCUCAAAUUUGGACUCAUCAGACCAAAGGACAGAUUUCCACAGGUCUAAUGUCCAUUGCUCGUGUUUCUUGGCCCAAGCAAGUCUCUUCUUCUUAUUGGUGUCCUUUAGUAGUGGUUUCUUUGCAGCAAUUCGACCAUGAAGGCCUGAUUCACACAGUCCCCUCUGAACAGUUGAUGUUGAGAUGUGUCUGUUACUUGAACUUUGUGAAGCAUUUAUUUGGGCUGCAAUCUAAUGAACCUAUCCCCUGCAGCAGAGGUAACUCUGGGUCUUCCAUUCCUGUGGCGGUCCUCAUGAGAGCCAGUUUCAUCAUAGCGCAUGAUGGUUUUUGCGACUGCACUUGAAGAAACUUCAAGUUCUUGAAAUUUACCGGAUUGACUGACCUUCGUGUCUUAAAGUAAUGAUGGACUGUUGUUUCUCUUUGCUUAUUUGAGCUGUUCUUGCCAUAAUAUGGACUUGGUCUUUUACCAAAUAGGGCUAUCAUCUGUAUACCACCCCUACAUUGUCACAACACAACUGAUGGACUCAAACGCAUUAAGAAGGAAAGAAAUUCCACAAAUUAACUUUUAACGAGGCACACCUGUUAAUUGAAAUGCAUUCCAGUUGACUACCUCAUGAAGCUGGUUGAGAGAAUGCCAAGAGUGUGCAAAGCUGUCAUCAAGGCAAAGGGUGGCUACUUUGAAGAGUCUCAAAUAUAAAAAUAUAUUUAGAUUUGUUUAACACUUUUUUGGUUACUACAUGAUUCCAUAUGUGUUAUUUCAUAGUUUUGAUGUCUUGACUAUUAUUCUACAAUGUAGAAAAUAGUAAAAAUAAAGAAAAACCCUGGAAUGAGUUGGUGUGUCCAAACUUUUGACUGGUACUGUACAUCUUAGUGUUUUUCCCCACAGUUUUAAUAUACAUCUCAGUGUUUUCCCAACUAUUUUGAUAUACAUCUCAGUGUUUUUUCCCACUAUUUUCAUAUACAUCUCAGUGUUUUUUCCCACCAUUUUGAUAUACAUCUCAGUGUUCUCCCAACCAUUUUGAUAUACAUCUCAGUGUUUUUUCCCACUAUUUUGAUAUACAUCUCAGUGUUUUUCCCCACCAUUUUGAUAUGGAUCUCAGUGUUCUUUCCCACCAUUUUGAUAUAGAUCUCAGUGUUUUUUCCCACCACCAACAGCCAGUUUUCAUCUAUACAUAGACUAUACAGUGAGGGAAAAAAGUAUUUGAUCCCCUGCUGAUUUUGUAUGUUUGCACACUGACAAAGACAUGAUCAGUCUAUAAUUUUAAUGUUAGGUUUAUUUGAACAGUGAGAGACAGAAUAACAAUAAAAAAAUCCAGAAAAACACACGUCAAAAAUGUUAUGAAUUGAUUAGCAUUUUAAUGAGGGAAAUAAGUAUUUGACCCCCUCUCAAGCAGAAAGAUUUCUGGCUCCCAGGUGUCUUUUAUACAGGUAACGAGCUGAGAUUAGGAGCACACUCUUAAAGGGAGUGCUCCUAAUCUCAGUUUGUUACCUGUAUAAAAGACACCUGUCCACAGAAGCAAUCAAUCAAUCAGAUUCCAAACUCUCCACCAUGGCCAAGACCAAAGAGCUCUCCAAGGAUGUCAGGGACAAGAUUGUAGACCUACACAAGGCUGGAAUGGGCUACAAGACCAUCGCCAAGCAGCUUGGUGAGAAGGUGACAACAGUUGGUGUGAUUAUUCGCAAAUGGAAGAAACACAAAAGAACUGUCAAUCUCCCGCAGCCUGGGGCUCCAUGCAAGAUCUCACCUCGUGGAGUUUCAAUGAUCAUGAGAAUGGUGAGGAAUCAGCCCAGAACUACACGGGAGGAUCUUGUCAAUGAUCUCAAGGUAGCUGGGACCAUAGUCACCAAGAAAACAAUUGGUAACACACUAUGCCGUGAAGGACUGAAAUCCUGCUGCGCCCGCAAGGUCCCCCUGCUCAAGAAAGCACAGAUACAGGCCCAUCUGAAGUUUGCCAAUGAACAUCUGAAUGAUUCAGAGGAGAACUGGGUGAAAGUGUUGUGGUCAGAUGAGACCAAAAUCGAGCUCUUUGGCAUCAACUCAACUCGCCGUGUUUGGAGGAGGAGGAAUGCUGCCUAUGACCCCAAGAACAACAUCCCCACCGUCAAACAUGAAGGUGGAAACAUUAUGCUUUGGGGGUGUUUUUCUGUUAAGGGGACAGGCCACUUCACCGCAUCAAAGGGACGAUGGACGGCGCCAUGUACCAUCAAAUCUUGAGUGAGAACCUCCUUCCCUCAGCCAGGGCAUUGAAAAUGGGUCGUGGAUGGGUAUUCCAGCAUGACAAUGACCCACAGCACACGGCCAAGGCAACAAAGGAGUGGCUCAAGAAGAAGCACAUUAAGGUCCUGGAGUGGCCUAGCCAGUCUCCAGACCUUAAUCCCAUAGAAAAUCUGUGGAGGGAGCUGAAGGUUCGAGUUGCCAAACGUCAGCCUCGAAACCUUAAUGACUUGGAGAAGAUCUGCAAAGAGGAGUGGGACAAAAUCCCUCCUGAGAUGUGUGCAAACCUGGUGGCCAACUACAAGAAACAUCUGACCUCUGUGAUUGCCAACAAGGGUUUUGCCACCAAGUACUAAGUCAUGUUUUGCAGAGGGGUCAAAUACUUAUUUCCCUCAUCAAAAUGCAAAUCAAUUCAUAACAUUUUUGACAUGCGUUUUUCUGGAUUUUUUUGUUGUUAUUCUGUCUCUCACUGUUCAAAUAAACCUACCAUUAAAAUUAUAGACUGAUCAUGUCUUUGUCAGUGGGCAAACGUACAAAAUCAGCAGGGGAUCAAAUACUUUUUUCCCCCACUGUAUAUCUCCAUCUAACAUGUACUCUACUGUAUGUGAGGCCCUCUGCUCCACUAGGAUCUAGAAGCAAUAAGUUAAGUCCAUCUAUAUAUUCAUCUAAGUAUUUGUUCUUCUUAUCUGUGACAGGGGAGUUGUUCACCCUGGACCAGUUGGACCGGGAGAAGGUGAUGGAGUAUGAUCUCGUAGUUAAAGCCACGGAUGGCGGAGGCCGCUCCUGCCAGGCAGACAUUUUACUCAUGAUCCAGGAUAUGAACGACAACCCUCCCAAGUUCUCCAACAACCACUAUGAAGUCACCGUGUUCGACAACACCACCGUCAGGACACCCAUCGCUGUCAUCUACGCCAAAGAUCCUGACACGGGUAAGUCAUAUUAUUGAGAUAAAAUGAAUAAGAGUAGACAUUCCCAUUCUGAGGCAUAGUCUGAAGGGGCUUUGCUGAUCUAGUUAUUUUAUUUAUAUGAGCCAAAAUCUAUAGAAUCAGAAUUACUAGAACGGACAUUGAUGUUCUGAGGUAUGGUUCGAGGGGCUUUGUCUGAUCUAGUAAUUAUAUUUAUAUGGUAAAAUCUCCCCUUUAUGUAGUAGAGGCUCUACUCCUAUAUACAGUUGAAGCCAGAAGUUUACAUACACUUAGUUUGGAGUCAUUAAAACUCGUUUUUCAACCACUCCAAAGAUUUCUUGUUAACAAACUAUAGUUUUGGCAAGUUGGUUAGGACAUCUACUUUGUGCAUGACACAAGUAAUUUUUCCAACAAUUGUUUACAGACAGAUUAUUUCACUUAUAAUUAACUGUAUCACAAUUCCAGUGGGUUAGAAGUUUACAUACACUAAGUUGACUGUGCUUUUAAACAGCUUGGAAAAUUCCAGAAAAUGAUGUCAUGGCUUUAGAAGCUUCUGAUAGGCUAAUUGAUAUCAUUUGAGUCUAUUGGAGGUGUACCUGUGGAUGUAUUUCAAGGCCUACCUUCAAACUCAGUGCCUCUUUGCUUGACAUCAUGGGAAAAUCAAAAGAAAUCAGCCAAGACCUCAGAAAGAAAAUUGUAGACCUCCACAAGUCUGGUUCAUCCUUGGGAGCAAUUUCCAAAUGCCUGAAGGUGCCACGUUUAUCUGUACAAACAAUAGUACGCAAGUAUAAACACCAUGGGACCAAGCAGCGUCAUACCGCUCAGGAAGGAGACGAGUUCUGUCUCCUAGAGAUGAACGUGCUUUGGUGCGAAAAGUGCAAAUCAAUCCCAGAACAACAGCAAAGGACCUUGUGAAGACGCUGGAGGAAACAGGUACAAAAGUAUCUAUAUCCACAGUAAAACGAGUCCUAUAUCGACAUAACCUGAAAGGCCCCUAAGCAAGGAAGAAGCCACUGCUCCAAAACCGCCAUAAAAAAGCCAGACUACGGUUUGCAACUGCAAAUUGGGACAAAGAUCGUACUUUUUGGAGAAAUGUCCUCUGGUCUGAUGAAACAAAAAUUGAACUGUUUGGCCAUAAUGACCAUCGUUAUGUUUGGAGGAAAAAGGGGGUCGCUUGCAAGCCGAAGAACACCAUCCCAACCGUGAAGCACGGGGUUGGCAGCAUCAUUCUGUGGGGAUGCUUUGCUGCAGGAUGGACUGGUGCACUUCACAAAAUAGAUGGCAUCAUGAGGAAGGAAAAUUCUGUGGAUAUAUUGAAGCAACAUCUCAAGACAUCAGUCAGGAAGUUAAAGCUUGGUCGCAAAUGGGUCUCCCAAAUGGACAAUGACCCCAAGCAUACUUCCAAAGUUGUGGCAAAAUGGCUUAAGGACAACAAAGUCAAGGUAUUGGAGUGGCCAUCACACAGCCCUGACCUCAAUCCUAUAGAACAUUUGUGGGCAGAACUGAAAAAGCGUGUGCGAGCAAGGAGGCCUACAAACCUGACUCAGUUACACCAGCUCUGUCGUGAGGAAUGGGCCAAAAUUCACCCAACUUAUUGUGGGAAGCUUGUGGAAGGCUACCUGAAACGUUUGACCCAAGUAAAACAAUUUAAAGGCAAUGCUACCAAAUACUAAUUGAGUGUAUGUAAACUUCUGACCCACUGGGAAUGUGACGAAAGAAAUAAUAGCAGAAAAUAAAUAAUUCUCUCUACUAUUAUUCCGACAUUUCACAUUUUUAAAAUAAAGUGGUGAUCCUAACUGACCUAUUUAUUUUUACAAGGAUUAAAUGUCAGGAAUUGUGAAAAAACAGAGUUUAAAAUGUAUUUGGCUAAGGUGUAUGUAAACUUCCGACUUCAAUUGUACUUACCUCCUUUUCUCCUAUUCCCCAGGUCAUAACAUAGAGACUAUUCUCCUAUUCCUCAGGUCAUAACAUAGAGACUAUUCUCCUAUUCCCCAGGUCAUAACAUAGAGACUAUUCUGCUAUUCCCCAGGUCAUAACAUAAAGACUAUUCUCCUAUUCCCCAGGUCAUAACAUAAAGACUCUUCUCCUAUUCCCCAGUUCAUAACAUAAAGACUAUUCUCCUAUUCCCCAGGUCAUAAUGUGAAAUACCCUUCUCCUAUUCCCCAGGUCAUAACAUAAAGACUAUUCUCAUAUUCCUCAGGUCAUAACAUAAAAGACUCUUCUCCUAUUCCCCAGGUCAUAACAUAGAGACUAUUUUCCUAUUCCCCAGGUCAUAACAUAGAGACUAUUCUCCUAUUCCCCAGGUCAUAACAUAGAGACUAUUCUCCUAUUCCCCAGGUCAUAACAUAGAGACUACUCUGCUAUUCCCCAGGUCAUAACAUAAAGACUAUUCUGCUAUUCCCCAGGUCAUAACAUAGAGACUAUUCUCUUAUUCCCCAGGUCACAACAUAGAGACUAUUCUCCUAUUCCCCAGGUCACAACAUAAAGACUCUUCUGCUAUUCCCCAGGUCAUAACAUAAAAUUCUCCUCUCCUAUUCCCCAGGUCAUAACAUAAAGACUAUUCUCCUAUUCCCCAGGUCAUAACAUAAAAGACUCUUCUCCUAUUCCCCAGGUCAUAACAUAAAGACUCUUCUGCUAUUCCCCAGGUCAUAACAUAGAGACUAUUCUCCUAUUCCCCAGGUCAUAACAUAAAGACUAUUCUCCUAUUCCCCAGGUCAUAACAUAGAAACUAUUCUGCUAUUCCCCAGGUCAUAACAUAAAGACUAUUCUCCAGGUCAUAACAUAAAGACUAUUCUCCUAUUCCCCAGGUCAUAACAUAGGGGACUAUUCUGCUAUUCCCCAAGUCAUAACAUAAAGACUAUUCUGCUAUUCCCCAGGUCAUAACACAGAGACUAUUCUGCUCUUCCCCAGAUCACAACAUAAAGACUAUUCUCCUAUUCCCCAGGUCAUAACAUAAAGAAUAUUCUCCUAUUCCCCAGGUCAUAACAUAAAGACUCUUCUCCUAUUCCCCAGGUCACAACAUAAAGACUAUUCUGCUAUUCCCCAGGUCAUAACAUAAAGACUCUUCUUCUAUUCCCCAGGUCAUAACAUAAAGACUCUUCUGCUAUUCCCCAGGUCAUAACAUAGAGACUAUUCUCCUAUUCCCCAGGUCAUAACAUAAAGACUAUUCUCCUAUUCCCCAGGUCAUAACAUAGAAACUAUUCUGCUAUUCCCCAGGUCAUAACAUAAAGACUAUUCUCCUAUUCCCCAGGUCAUAACAUAAAGAAUAUUCUCCUAUUCCCCAGGUCAUAACAUAAAGACUCUUCUCCUAUUCCCCAGGUCACAACAUAAAGACUAUUCUGCUAUUCCCCAGGUCAUAACAUAAAGACUCUUCUUCUAUUCCCCAGGUCAUAACAUAAAGACUCUUCUCCUAUUCCCCAGGUCACAACAUAAAGACUAUUCUGCUAUUCCCCAGGUCAUAACAUAAAGACUCUUCUUCUAUUCCCCAGGUCAUAACAUAAAGACUCUUCUCCUAUUCCCCAGGUCAUAACAAAAAAUACUAUUCUGCUAUUCCCCAGGUCAUAACAUAGAGACUAUUCUCCUAUUCCCCAGGUCAUAACAUAGAAACUAUUCUGCUAUUCCCCAGGUCAUAACAUAGAGACUAUUCUCCUAUUCCCCCGGUCAUAACAUAAAGACUAUUCUGCUAUUCCCCAGGUCAUAACAUAAAGACUAUUCUCCUAUUCCCCAGGUCAUAAUAUAAGAUACUAUUCUGCUAUUCCCCAGGUCAUAACAUAGAGACUAUUCUCCUAUUCCCCAGGUCACAACAUAAAGACUAUUCUGCUAUUCCCCAGGUCAUAACAUAAAGACUAUUCUCCUAUUCCCCAGGUCAUAAUAUAAGAUACUAUUCUGCUAUUCCCCAGGUCAUAACAUAGAGACUAUUCUCCUAUUCCCCAGGUCACAACAUAGAGACUAUUCUGCUAUUCCCCAGGUCAUAACAUAGAGACGAUUCUCCUAUUCCCCAGUUCAUAACAUAAAGACUAUUCUCCUAUUCCCCAGGUCAUAACAUAAAGACUCUUCUGCUAUUCCCCAGGUCAUAACAUAGAGACUAUUUUCCUAUUCCCCAGGUCAUAACAUAGAGACUAUUCUCCUAUUCCCCAGGUCAUAACAUAGAGACUAUUCUCCUAUUCCCCAGGUCAUAACAUAGAGACUAUUCUCCUAUUCCCCAGGUCAUAACAUAGAGACUAUUCUCCUAUUCCCCAGGUCAUAACAUAGAGACUAUUCUCCUAUUCCCCAGGUCACAACAUAGAGACUAUUCUGCUAUUCCCCAGGUCAUAACAUAGAGACGAUUCUCCUAUUCCCCAGGUCAUAACGUAAACACUCUUCUCCUAUAUACUUCCUGACCGCCACCCAACCGCCCUUCCUCCACACAAAAGUUCAUGACCAUAAAUCCGCCCGCCCUGCGGAUAUAACCACCGGAACUGUGGGUUAUGAGUCAACAAGCGCAUCACUAAUUUAUGCAUAUGUAAUUUUGGAUGGUGCCCCUUAUUGAUCGUGUCCCUGCUUAUAAAUAUCUGGGCAUCUGGAUUGACGAAAAGCUAUCUUUCAAAAAACAUGUUUAUGAGUUGGUUAAGAAAUUAAGAAUUAAAAUAGUAUUAUUCUAUAGGAACAGGUCCUGUCUUUUGUCAAAUAGCAGAAAGCAGAUAAUUCAGUCAACAUUCAUUCCGGUUUUAGACUAUGGCAACACCAUCUAUAUGAAUACAGCUGCCAAUACACUGAAACCAUUGGAUGCAGUUUACCACAGUGCACUACGCUUUAUUACGGGCAGCAGGUUCAGGACACAUCGCAUGCAUUCUGUAUCAGAAAGCAGGCUGGCCCUCUUUGAAGUCUCCUAGAGCGAUGCAUUGUAUUCUUUUUGUCUAUAAAGCCCUCUUGCAUACCUUACCUCAUUGUUAACCUUCAGAUGUAUAAGUUAGAGGCGUGGAGAUCCCUUCAACAUCCACUGAGUUAGCUGAAUCAGUUUUUCUUUGUUGUUUUGCGCCUCUCAUGUGGAAUGAUCUCCAAAAGUCCUUAAAAUUGUUUGAGUUGGUGCCUGUAGGGCAAUUCAGGCAGAUGUUAGAGGGCCUCUUUACUAAAGAAUAUGUUUGUUUCAUAUGAUUGUGUUUUGCUUUUAGUGUCAUUGCUUUUCAAGUGUAAAUGUAAUUGAGUGUACAAGAUUGUAAGUGUAAGUGUGUUCAUGAGUGUUCAGCGUGCCAUCGCAAACAGACCGUGGUCUCAGCAAUGACUCCCUGCUUAAUAAUGUUAGAUAUAAGCAUUUAGAAGAAGAGGUAGAGAGAGAGAGGAGAGAGAAUGAGCGAGAGGAGAUAGAGAGAGAGAGAGAGAGAAGAGAGAGAUGAGUAGAAAAAGAAGAGAGAGAGAGAACGAGAAGAGAGAAGAGAGAGAGAGAGAGUGAGAGAGGAGAGAGAGAGCGAGAGAGAGAGAGAGAGAGAGAGAGAGAGCAUCGAUACAGAAAGCCACUCCUGUAGGUGCAGAAACCAUAUCUAAUUCGACUUAUUAUCCUGUGGCUGUUUAUAUGAUGUUUUAUGUAUUAUAUGGUUUUAUGCUUUAUUAUGGCUGUUUAUAUGGCUGUUUAUUAGAUGUUGACUUUAUUUGUGUUUAUUUGGCUUUAUUAUGGCUGUUAUUAUGGCUGUUUAUUAUGGCUGUUAUUAGGUGUUAUUAUGGAUGUUUAUUUGCUGUUAUAUGGCUGUUAUAUGGCUGUUAUUAUGGCUGUUUUAUGUGUUUAUUAUGGCUGUUUACUUUAUAGGCUGUUUAUUAUGGCUGUUUAUUAUGGCUGUUAUUAUGGCUGUUAUUAUGGCUGUUUAUUAUGGCUGUUUAUUAUGGCUGUUUAUUAUGGCUGUUAAUUAUGGCUGUUAAUUAUGGCUGUUAAUUAUGGCUGUUUAUUAUGGAUGUUUAUUAUGGAUGUUUGACUUUAUUAUGGCUGUUUAUUAUGGCUGUUUAUUAUGGCUGUUUAUUAUGGCUGUUAAUUAUGGCUGUUUAUUAUGGCUGUUUAUUAUGGCUGUUUAUUAUGGCUGUUUAUUAUGGCUGUUAAUUAUGGCUGUUUAUUAUGGCUGUUAAUUAUGGCUGUUAAUUAUGGCUGUUAAUUAUGGCUGUUUAUUAUGGCUGUUUAUUAUGGCUGUUUAUUAUUUUAUUUUUCUUCAUAAUUGCAGCUCGCAUAUUGUUUUGAUAAGGCUUUGAUAAGGCUUUGAUAAGGCCAUUAACUCCUAGCUAUAUAUUUAUUAUGGAUGAAUGCAGCCCGUCUGGUGUUCAACCUUCCCAAGUUCUCUCACGUCACCCCCCUCCUCCGCACACUCCACUGGCUUCCAGUUGAAGCUCGCAUCCGUUACAAGACCAUGGUGCUUGCCUAUGGAGCAGUGAGGGGAACGGCACCUCCGUACCUUCAGGCUCUGAUCAGUCCCUACACCCAAACGAGGGCAUUGCGUUCAUCCACCUCUGGCCUGCUGGCUCCCCUUCCUCUGCGGAAGCAUAGUUCCCGCUCAGCCCAGUCAAAACUGUUCGCUGCUCUGGCACCCCAAUGGUGGAACAAGGUCCCCUCACGACGCCAGGACAGCGGAGUCACUCACCACCUUCCGGAGACAUUUGAAACCCCACCUCUUUAAGGAAUACCUGGGAUAGGAUAAAGUAAUCCUUCUACCCCCCCCCCCCCCAAAAAAUAAAUAAAAAUAAAAAUAAAAAUUGUAAAGUGGUUAUCCCACUGGCUAUAGGGUGAAUGCACCAAUUUGUAAGUCGCUCUGGAUAAGAGCGUCUGCUAAAUGACGUAAAUGUAAAUGUAAAUAUUAAGUUACUACCUAGUGAUUAGCAUACUUUGGAAGAAACCCAAACUCGUGGUACUAAACCAACCAGACUGAUAAUUCCUAUUUUCUCCUCCGGCAGAUAUGAACUCUGAGGUGAAAUACCAUAGAGAUAAUAGUAGCCAGAUAGUGUUCUCUCUAUAUGAAAUAGUCUCUGCUCAGGACAACCAGACUGACUCCUAUUCUCUUCUCUCCUUCUGCAGGAAUAAACUCUGAGGUGAAGUAUUCUCUACUCGAGGACAACAGCGGCCACUUCUCAUUGGAAGAGUUCUCCGGUAUCCUGCGCCUGGAGAGGUCGCUGGCCGAAAACACCCGAUCGACCUUUGAACUCAAGGUCAAAGCCACAGACCGGGGGCUUCCCCGACAACUGUACUCCGUCGCCACGGUUACGGUACACGUUGUCGACCUGAGCGACUACCAGCCGGUGUUCCUGAGCCAGGAGUACUCCGCCCAGAUCCCAGAAUCCACCCUGGUAGGGUCAGAGGUCAUCAGCGUCUCUGCCCUCACUAGAGACGGGACCGAGCUGGAACCCAUUGUUUACUCCAUCGUCUCCGGCAACGAGAGGGGAAGGUUCUACCUGCACCCGGCAACUGGUAAGGUUCGGUUCCAUCCCUUCCUUGAGUUCCAUGGGUUACUAAGGUUCUGUGAGAUUCCAUAAGGUUUCAUAAAGUUUAUUUGCAUUUAUUUGGUGCAAAUUAAUAUAUUUAUGAAGCGCAACCAUUUUGAACCCUAAAAAAUACACCCACAUCAGCAAGAAAUAACUGGCAGCAGGCAGAGAAGCCCACUAAUGAGGUUGAUGCAAAGCUAAAGGGUAUAGCAAAUACCUCUUCACCUGGUCGUGCUGCUGACUGCAAUAUAUAGUGCCAUUUCUUGAAUGUUUUGGCAGAGAUAGAUCUGCUUUCUAUUGACUUCAGAGCAGUAUUGCAAAGCGAGGCAGAGAAAUUAUUGAAAGUACAUUGUCACUGCCAGUGCACUUUUGAUAGAUUUUGUAAAGGUGCUGUUGAUAUACACUGUAAAGCAAUCAGACACUCUGGAUGAGUAUAAAGUAGUCAGUACUGUAUUAUACUGCACUGACACGCACCUAUAUACUGUAUUAUACUGCCUGGUCCUGCACUGACACAUAUACUGUACCUACUUUUUUCUCCCUGACUUCUCUUGGUGUCCCUUCAUUACAAAUUCUCCCUGCUUUGAUCUACCGUAGCAGAGCAGGAGUCUCAUAGAGGUUGGUUGGACUGAGCCAAACCAAUCUCUGUAUUAGUUGUCAAACCAUUCAGUAGCCGGGCUUGUCAGCAGCUUAAUCAACUUGUGCAUAGUUCAUUUUUACAUUUUAGUCAUUUUAGCAGACACUCUUAUACAGAGCGACUUACAGUUAGUGAGUGCAUACUUUUUUCAUACUGGCCCCCCGUGGGAAACGAACCCACAACCCUGGCGUUGCAAGCGCCAUGCUCUACCAACUGAGCUACAGGGGGACCCCAAGAGUUCCAUCCCAAGAGCAAUCGUCCCACCACACAGUUGUUUUGUUACCAUAGCUACGUGUCAAAGUAAAUAAGUAUAUGUUUUAGUUAUGUAUUAUAUGUUUUAUCAAUAGGGACAGACUUGGAAGCUUAAUGUUAUGUAUUAUAUGUUUUAUCAAUGGAGACAGACUUGGAGGCUUAAUGUUAUGUAUUAUAUGUUUUAUCAAUAGGGACAGACUUGGAAGCUUAAUGUUAUGUAUUAUAUGUUUUAUCAAUGGAGACAGACUUGGAGGCUUAAUGUUAUAUAUUACAGGUCAGGGUUGAAGUCAGACAAUUCAGGAAGUAAACUGAAAUUCAAAAAAGGGCAUCUAUUUUCAACGACUUCUCAAUAAGCUGAAAAGGAGAAGCUGUUUUUUAAAUUCAAAUCACUUCCUGAAUUUACUGACUUCAAUUCAAAUUGAUCCAAACCCUGGCAGAUGGUCAUGUCUAAAUGGGAUACAGCUUUGGUCAAAUUGAUGUCAAAAGUAGAUUUGUUUUGCAUGUUAGCUAACCCUUACCCUUUUCCUAACCUUAACCUAGUUAUCCUAACCUGCUAGGUUCAUUCUCCUAAACAUGCUACGAAAAGUCAAUUUUGAAAAAGCUGUAUCCCUUCUAGAAAAACACCUGGCAGAUGUACAUGUAAAAUCACUCUCAAAAGUACCUGAAUGAGAACUAAGGGAGUCAUUUGAGUUGACAUUGACAUGGCAUAUGAGGGUGCAGUGAAAUACCCGAUGGGUUGGACAAUACUUUUUUUGUCAAUCAUUUGGACAUAACAUAGACUUGAAAAAACUGGAAAUCAACCAAUUCUCUGUCGUUAACACAAUGGAAAGGUCAAAUGCUUUAUUAUCAAAAUGUUGAAAGUGUAUGGGCGACGGAGAGAAACAUAAUGGUGCAGUUUGAGGUAAUGUGGCGGAGAUUGAUGCGGGCGCUGGAGAUGGGGGUGUGAGCAGGUGGGUCUGGGCAGGGAUGACGUUGUGGAUGUUGGUGAGUGUCUGGGCAGGGGUGAUGUUGUGGAUGUUGGUGAGCGUCUGGCCAGGGGUGAUGUUGUGAAUGUUGGUGAGCGUCUGGGCAGGGUUAGCUCUAGAAGUCUUUAACUAGCUCAGCAAACAGACAAGGUGAGUGUUAGCUCUAGGAGAAGUCUUUAACUAGCUCAGCAAACAGACAAGGUGAGUGUUAGCUCUAGGAGAAGUCUUUAACUAGCUCAGCAAACAGACAAGGUGAGUGUUAGCUCUAGAAGUCUUUAACUAGCUCAGCAAACAGACAAGGUGAGUGUUAGCUCUAGGAGAAGUCUUUAACUAGCUCAGCAAACAGACAAGGUGAGGGUUAGCUCUGGAAGUCUUUAACUAGCUCAGCAAACAGACAAGGUGAGGGUUAGCUCUAGAAUUAUUUAACUAGCUCAGCAAACAGACAAGGUGAGGGUUAGCUCUAGAAGUCUUUAACUAGCUCAGCAAACAGACAAGGUGAGGGUUAGCUCUAGAAGCCUUUAACUAGCUCAGCAAACAGACAAGGUGAGUGUUAGCUCUAGAAGUCUUUAACUAGCUCAGCAAACAGACAAGGUGAGGGUUAGCUCUAGAAUUAUUUAACUAGCUCAGCAAACAGACAAGGUGAGGGUUAGCUCUGGAAGUCUUUAACUAGCUCAGCAAACAGACAAGGUGAGGGUUAGCUCUAGAAUUAUUUAACUAGCUCAGCAAACAGACAAGGUGAGGGUUAGCUCUAGAAGCCUUUAACUAGCUCAGCAAACAGACAAGGUGAGGGUUAGCUCUAGAAGCCUUUAACUAGCUCAGCAAACAGACAAGGUGAGGGUUAGCUCUAGAAGUCUUUAACUAGCUCAACAAAACAGAGAAUUGUACCUGUGUGAUGUUAUCGCACAUGUUGUAACCUAGUGGGGUUUUAAGAGGAAUGUGGCAGUUAUGACUGUUGUUAUGUUGUCAUCUUGUCUUAUGUUAAUGAAGUGUGUUAACCAGACUGGCAGACGGCCCAGGAAACCAGGAAAUUCUCUCUCUCUCUGCCCCAUUUACAUGUGGCUGUUUCUGUAGCAGAGAGAUAGAGAGAUGGAGGGAAGGAGAUGGAGAGAGAGGGAGAAGUGAAGGAGAGGGGGGUAGAGGGGGGUAGAGAGAGAGAGAGAGAGAGAGAGAGAGAGAGAGAGAGAGAGAGAGAGAGAGAGAGAGCGAGAGAGCGAGAGAGCGAGAGAGAGAGAGAGAGAGAGAGAGGGGGCGUGAGAGAGUUAAAGAGAGAGAGAGAGAGAGAGUUAAAGAGAGAGUUAAAGAGAGAGAGAGAGGGGGGGGGCGUGAGAGAGUUAAAGAGUGAGUGAGAGAGAGCAAGAGGGGGGUGAGAGAGUUAAAGAGUGAGUGAGAGAGAGAGAGAGAGAGAGAGAGAGCGCGAGAGAGAGAGAGAGAGAGAACGAAUACGAGAGCAGUGGCAGGUUUCCACCAGGGUACAGAACAGCAAUAGAUAAAUCCAAUGUACUGUACAGCUGCACUUUGUGGCUUUUGUAACCAUAGCUACAGUAAGGGAUGUUCAGAUAAAGUGAGACAAGCCAAAUGUCGAAUAUUUCUAAAAUCACGAUCCAUGCCCAAUAUUAUGGCAGACACCUUCCUGCUAUGGACUUCCUUUAACUUAACCAAUAAUUAUUAUUUCUGACCUUGAGGCAGAGCUGUCCUUGGAACAAAGUAGAAAGGAAAACUCCAAUCUGCUCAAGUCCAUGUCUCUACAUCCUGGUACUGUAGUUACCUUGGGCUGGAACAGAUGUACGUUUUAGAAUGUCCCAUUUCUCUACAUCCUGGUACUAUUUACAGGUAGCACCCAACACCUGUUUGACUGCGAGGCCAAUCACAAGAUUUAUGUUUUUUGGAAACAGAACACACACAAUCAGAUAAGAGCUGACAAAAAAACCACAAGGUGGAAACAUGUCAGCGUUUCGUUUGUGAUUAAAGAGCACCACAAGAUGAAUUAAAUAUAUUGCUGUGUUCAUCUUUGGAAAUCGCUGUAAUUUUCCUAUUUUUUUGAAGGCUCAGAACGUAUACUCAAAACCCACAUGUCAACCCAGAGCUGUGUUGGUGUGUAGAGGACCAAGUUAACAAAGCUGUCAGAUAAAUGAAUAGGGUUUGUGUUGUGGGUUUCUCAGGUGUUCUGGCUGUGAAUGGCUCUUUAGACUUUGAGCUGUGCCGUGAAUACUACCUGUCAGUGGAGGGGACGAGAGGCAAGUCGACUCUGAGCGACAUCACCAUGGUGAUUAUCAACAUCACAGAUGUCAAUGACAACGCGCCCGUGUUCGGACAGGGAGACUACAGAGCUGACAUCUCAGAGGACCUGUCGCCUGGCGAUGUGGUGAUGCAGGUAGCUAUCACUCUCAACUGUCAACUGUCACUCUCAAGUGUCAACUAUCACUUUAGAAACCAGUGAUUGUAAUACACCAUUCAAUGUGUUCAAUGACAAGUAAUUUCUCUCAGGGGACUAAUAAAGUUGUUUUGAAUUUGAAUUUGGCAUUUGGACAGCAACACAUCUAAGUACUUAUAGAAAAUGGCAGUUUGGUUGGGUUAAUAUUAAUAAGACUGUCAUUUCAUUUGGUGUCAAUAAAAGCCAAGCAGCUCAGUUCAAUGAGGCUUACUGUUUCCUCUCCUCUCAACCCCCUCUUCUCUCCCCCCACCUCUUCUCUCCCCCCCUCAUCUCUCCUCUCAACCCCCUCUUCUCUCAACCCCCUCUUCUCUCCCCCCACCUCUCUCCCCCCACUUCUCUCCCCCUCAUCUCUCCUCUCAACCCCCUCUCCUCUUCUCUCCCCCCUCUUCUCUUCGGCCCCUUUGCCCUCCUUCCCCUCUGUUCACACUCCAAGGUGACAGCCAAUGACCUGGAUGGGCCAUUGAACAACCUUAUCCACUAUUCCAUCUCCAGUGGAGACCCUCAGGGGCAGUUCAGCAUCGACCCUCGCAGUGGAGAGAUCAUAGUCAGGGCUACACUGGACAGAGAGGAGGUGAGGGGGGUUUAGUUUGGGAAGGAAUCACCUGGAAUAAAGUUCCCUGGAGAUGCACUGUUGAAGCCCUUUGCUCUACUAGGAGCUAAGAGAAAGAAGUGAAGAAAGUAGUAGAACACUAAUAUCCUGUAUCUAACUGGUCUCUCUCCCUCUCCCAGAUCACUCACUACUCUCUGACGGUCCAAGCAGCUGAUGAGGGAGACCCUCCUCUGUCUACCGCGGUCCAAGUGACCUUAACCGUGUCCGAUGUCAACGACAACCCACCUAUCUUCUCCCAGAUCAAACACAACCUGGUCCUUCAGGUACACACACACACACACACACACACACACACACACACACACACACACACACACACACACACACACACACACACACACACACACACACACACACACACACACACACACACACACUCUGUGUCUCCGGCCCGCCACAAGGAGUCGCUAGAGCGCGCUGAGCCAAGUAAAGCCCCCCUGGCCAAACCCUCCCCUAACCCGGACAACGCUGGGCCAAUUGUGCGCCACCGGUCACGGACGGUUGUGACACAGCCUGGGAACGAACCCGGGUCUAGUAGUGACGCCUCAAGCACUGCGAUGCAGUGCCUUAGACCGCUGCGCCACUCAGGAGGCCCUAUAUCAACAAUCUUAAUCAACAAUCAAUUACUAUGUUCUCAUUCUGAAACGUCAUCGAGCUCUGAAACCUCAAGAACCCAAUGAACUCAAUGCCACAAAUAAUUCAUUAAAGGUUUUACUAGACUAAAUAAGGGUAGUUAACAUUUACGUUUUAGUCAUUUAGCAGACGCUCUUAUCCAGAGCGACUUACAGUUAGUGAGUGCAUACAUUAUUAUAAUUUUUUUUCAUACUGGCCCCCCGUGGGAAUCGAACCCACAACCCUGGCGUUGCAAACGCCAUGCUCUAACAACUGAGCUACAUCCCUGCCGUCCAUUCCCUCCCCUGGACGAAUUGUGCGCCGCCCCAUGGGUCUCCCGGUCGCGGCCGGCUACGACAGAGCCUGGAUACGAACCAGGAUCUCUAGUGGCACAGCUAGCACUGCGAUGCGGUGCCUUAGACCACUGCGCCACUCGGGAGUUAGUUAGAUACAAUACAGAGGCAGGGUAUAACGGGAUACAAUACAGUUAUGGAGGCGCGUCUCCACAGGUGAACUUCCGUACUCAACUCAGGCAAAUACAAUGGUACAUUCGCAAGACUUUUGAGCAUGAGAUGGUCUUACCAAUUGAAAGAGAAAAUGUGAGCGGGCUACAUCAUCCACCACCGUGAAACUAAAGAGAGCUUCACCAACCAGGAAUAGACAAUGGGCUUGGUUAACGGUUAGCAUCCGGUGUGGACAGUGCCGAGACAGUAUUGAUCAUUAGUUUGUAAAUUAGACCUGCCAUCUUACAACUACUCAAUGACUUCCACCACGUAACCACAUGCUUUUGGUAAAAUGCAUACCUUUUAUGUUACAGUAAAAUAUCCAUUGUACUUAUUUGUAAUGACAUAGGAGGUUCAGAAGAGAAAUACACUAUAUAUACAAAAGUAUGUGGACACCCUUUAAAAUUGGUGGAUUCGGCUAUUUCAGCCACACCCGUUGCUGACAGGUGUAUAGAAUUGAGCACACAGACAUGCAAUCUCCAUAGACAAACAUUGGCAGUAGAAUGGCCUUACUGAAGAGCUCAGUGACUUUCAACGUGGCACCGUCAUAGGAUGCCACCUUUUCAACAAGUCAGUUCGUAAAAUUUCUGCCCUGCUAGAGCUGCCCCGGUCAACUGUAAGUGCUGUUAUUCUGAAGUGGAAACGUCUAGGAGCAACAGAGGCUCAGCCGCAAAGUGGUAGGCCACACAAGCUCACAGAACGGGACCGCCGACUGCUGAAUCGUGUAGCGUGUAAAAAUUGUCUGUCCUCGGUUGCAACACUCACUACCGAGUUCCAAACGGCCUCUGGAAGCAACGUCAGCACAAUAACUGUUCGUCGGGAGCUUCAUGAAAUGGGUUUCCAUGGCCGAGCAGCUGCACACAAGCCUAAGAUCACCAUGCGCAAUACCAAGCGUCGGCUGGAGUGGUGUAGAGCACGCCGCCAUUGGACUCUGGAGCAGUGGAAACGCGUUCUCUGGAGUGAUGAAUCACACUUCACCAUCUGGCAGACCGACGGACAAAUCUGGGUUUGGCGGAUGCCAGGAGAACGCUACCUGCCAACGCAUAGUGCCAACUGUAAAGUUUGAUGGAGGAGGAAUAAUGGUCUGAGGCUGUUUUUCAUGGUUCGGGCUAGGCCCCUUAGUUCCAGUGAAGGGAAAUCUUAACGCUACAGCAUACAAUGACACUCUAGACGAUUCUGUGCUUCCAACUUUGUGGCAACAGUUUUGGGAAGGCCCUUUCCUGUUUCAGCAUGACAAUGCCUCCGUGCACAAAGUGAGGUCCAUACAGAAAUGGUUUGUUGAGAUCAGUGUGGAAGAACUUGACUGUCCUGCACAGAGCCCUGACCUCAACCCCAUCGAACAUCUUUGGGAUGAAUUGGAACGCCGACUGCGAGCCAGGCCUAAUCUCCCAACAUCAGUGCCCGACCUCACUAAUACUCUUGUGGCUGAAUGGAAGCAAGUCCCCUCAGCAAUGUUCCAACAUCUAGUGGAAAGCCUUCCCAGAAGAGUGGAGGCUGUUAUAGCAGCAAAGUGGGGACCCACUCCAUAUUAAUGCCCAUGAUUUUGGAAUGAGAUGUUCAGAUGUCCACAUACUUUUGGUCAUGUAGUGUAUCAUGUUUCAAGUUAUAUCAACAUGUCGUGAGUCUUUCAGUUUGAUAUAUUGUUAAGAAAACGUGUUUACAUGGCCUUGCACCAUUUCCCUUUGUCACAAAUAGUACAAUUCCUGGCUCUUCUACAAUAGACUUCUACAAUAGACUUCUACAAUAGACUUCUACAAUAGACUUCUACAAUAGACUUCUACAAUAGACGUCUCUUCCUGACUCUUCUACCUUACAAUAUACAUCUCUUGGUGCUCAAAAGCCUUGCUGGUCGUUUCCCCAGUAACAUAUGCAGAUCAUAAGACGGUCUGCUAACUUGCCGAAGGCGUCUCCUGACCUCCUCAGGGCCAUUCAGAGUCGUAAAGGGAGAAAGGGAGAGCAGUUUAUUGGUCUUGUGAUGGCUUGAAAGGGAACACUGCUAAUAACAGAACUGUAAAUCUUGGCCUGGACUGUGGUACUUUAGGGGAACUUUCUGUUUCCCCAGGUACCUCAAACUGAGGGUGAGUGACUUUACUUUGUCGUCAACACGUGUCCAAUUCAGUUCCCAGCUUUUCCUCUCUGGCUGACUUGGAAAAGUGUCACACCAUUUACCUCCACUCUGUGUGUUCAUCCUCUUUCAGACCAGGGUUAAAAUACAGGCAGGUAGCUUAGUGGUUAAGAGCGUUGUGCCAGUAACCGAAAGGUCGCUGGUUCUAAUCCCCGAGCCGACUAGGUGAAAAAUCUGUCGAUGUGCCCUUGAGCAAGGCACUUAACCCUAAUUGCUCCUGUAAGUCGCUCUGGAUAACAGCGUCUGCUAAAUGACUUUAAAAAAAAAAACGUAUUUAAGAUUUCAAAUAGUAUUUGAAGCUGUAUUUGGUUUAAAAAAAAGCACCAUGAUGUUGAAUAUAAUACACUACAUUCAUCAAUCUGACUCCAUUAUGAUGUGAAUAAAUGCAACAGGAUCUAGAGGCUUUGGUCAAGGCCUUCCUUGGCUGUAAUGAACAUGUGUCAAGGCCUUCCAUCACCAACUCAGUGUGGCUGUAAUGAACAUGUGUCAAGGCCUUCCUUGGGUGUAAUGAACAUGUGUCAAGGCCUUCCAUCACCAACUUAGUGUGGCUGUAAUCAACAUGUGUCAAGGCCUUCCAUCACCAACUCAGUGUGGCUGUAAUGAACAUGUCUAUCUUCCACCGUUAUGCAUUACGUUAUUAUUAAGAAACUCGUUUUUUCAUGCUUUUUAACUCUGUGUUGUUGGUUAAGGGCUCGUAACUAAGCAUUUCACGGUAACGUCUACACCUGUUGUAUUUCGGCGCACGUGACAAAAUAAAAUUUUAUUUGAUCCGAGAUACAAAUCUAAGCUAAUCCUGGCGACCCAAUGUUCUAGCAUUAAUGUAUUGAGGAUCAGUAGAUCAGAGAUGUCCAGGUGGAACCCAAGCAUAUGCUAUGUUUAUAGUGUAAAUAACAAACACCGAUAUUCCUACUAAAUUAUGAGCGUAAAGGCAAUCAAAGAAUGACUCUGUAAAACGAGGAAUGCAUUCACUCAAUUCAACUAAUAGGAUUUAUUAGUUGUGAAAGAAUUAACACGCAAACAAUUACAGUGUACAUGAAAUACAUCAUACAUUACAGACUACUCAGAGUAAAUUACUGUCAACUAAAUAAUACUUUUUUUUAUUUUUUUAUUUUUUUUUAUGGGGGGAAUGGAUCAGCUUAAUAUUGCAGAUAGAUUGUCUCUUCUAUCAAUGUAAUUGUCUGCAUCACUUCCAAUCCCCCAUGUUUAUUUUUUAUUUUUUAUAUAUAUAUUCCCCUUUAUUACUUUUCAACCCCACCAUCCUUUCCCUACUUGGAGUAAAUUAGUGAACAACAACGCCCAGGCCUCUACUUCCGGUCUAUACUUACUAUCUACACCUUAUGGACAGAGUUAAUUUUACAAUAAUUAUAUAUAUAUAUAUAUAUAUAUAUAUAUUUAUUUUUUUGCUCCUGAACUUCUUCUACUCUCAACCUCUCCGAUCAUUUUCAUGAUGUCCAUCCGGUUUGCUUCUAAAUGCCAUAUCUUUCUAACUGUGCUCUUUCCCAAAAGCUCCCAACAUACAACCUAUAUACUUAUUAUGGACACAGUAUGCUUACAUUAUUAGCUAUCUUUGUUAUUAUUUGUUGUUAUUUGUUAUUAGUCCCAUCCUUCAACUCUAUUCAAUACCUCCCAUCUAUCUCUUAACACCAUCCAUAUAGGAUUUCUAUUUGCCAUAUAUAUUUCAACUGUACUGUGAUGUUUUACAAAAGUUCUGAACCUUUCUAUUCUCAUUGCUUCUACAGAUUGUGAAUUAAAAAUAAACAUUUUUGCUAAAAGUAUUAUUAUAUUAUUGAUUGUAAUGCUAUCUGCAAGGUUAGUUCCAGGUAAAUAUUGCAAUCCUUUAGCCAUUCCUGGACCUGUGUCCAAAAACAAGCUACAAAUGGACAGAACCAAAACAAAUGAUCUAAUGAUUCUAUCUCUUCACAGCAAAAUCUGCAGAGCUGGGAAGAUUGUAUCCCCCAUAUAAAUAACAUUCUAUUGGUAGCAAGAAUUUUAUAUAAUAAUUUAAAUUGAAAGAUUCUAAUUUUUGAAUCCGAUGUCAACUAAAUAAGACUUAACGUGGUUACACAUGUCUGAUACACACAGGAGCUUGCUAACAAGUUCAAAAAAUAUGAGGAAAUUCACUGAAUUAACCAAAUUCAAGCAGGAACUCACCCCCAACCUGAAUUUACAUUUCGUAGCUCUUUGCUAGUAAAGACAAUAGGCAGGAACAACACAUCCAGAUUCUAAUCUAAUCAACCCAAUUUAAAUAAUAGGAGCCCACAUCUGUGUCGCUCCUCUUUGAACGGACCGCCGUCCAACAAACAGAAUACCACAGUCUCUCUGUAACAAUAACUCCAUAGCACUUACAGUGCAAUAAAAUAUAUAUCAAAAAUUCAUAGCUCUUUAUGAACUCUUGAAACAAUCCAAAACAUGACAAUUUCAUUCACGCAGCAACAUUAAUUUACUGGCGUCAGUGACCCCAGGACUUCCGUGGAAACGUCUCAUCCCAGAGAUUGCCACGGCAAUGGUGUGAGAUGCAAAUACACGGCCGUCCAUCCGGACAAUGCCAUAUUGAAUCAACACGCAAGGCUGGUGUCAGCAAGUCACUAGGCGCAUCUUCUAUCACUGGCCUUCAUCAUCCUCCCCAUAUCUCUGCCAACACGGCACUCUGGUUCAAUGACCUGUUCCAGCUGAAAUGGAACGAUCUGAGGAGAAGGUUAGGUGUGUGUGCGCUUGCACAUUGCGCAUUCACACUAUGGUAUGAGCUCAUCUGCUUUCCAGCACUCAGCACUGUAGCAUUCAGGGCAGGCGGAAACUUCAGGCAUUCACUGGAAACUUUUUAGAUUUUUCACUCUUCGAGACGAGAUCACGAUCAGCAAGUUUUUUGCAAUGUGGUAAAAUCAUUAGGGGCUGUCUUGUUUUAGGCCCUUGUGGAACGAGGUGUCAUGGAAGGCUUGACCUAGUUUCUAUGAUAGCAUGAUUACAUAACUAAUGAUGGUACCGUAUGUUCCUUGUCAGGAGGGCGAGGCCAUUGGUAGCAGCAUCCUCCAGCUGGUGGUCACAGACAGAGACACCACUCAGAAUGGACCUCCCUUCACUUUCCACAUCGUGUCUGGGAACGAGGACCGCCGCUUCCACGUGGACCAGGGAGGCCUGUUGUCCAUCUCUGCCCCUCUGAAGAAGAAGAUCAAGCCACAGCACCUACUGAAAAUACAGGUAUUGAAUAUUCCUGUAACAAAAACGGAUCCCUGCAGGCAAAACAUAUUUACCUGGUUGUAAUCGGUUUACCUGAAGUCUAUACAUGCCCACUGGUUAUUUGGGAUGUCAAAAUGGAGUCAAACUAUAUACAUACACAGUACUAGCAGAUACUGACAUUUGAUAAUGUAUGUUUCUAUUCAUGUCCUUACCUUAGGUGACAGACACCGGUCACCCUCCUCUCUCCUCCAUCUGUGUGGUGAAAAUCAACGUCACUGAGCAGAGCAAGUACCCUCCUUCUGUGAUGCCCCUGGAAGUCUUCAUCACCACUACAGGAGACAGCUUCUCCAACCGAGUCAUAGGCAAGCUCCAUGCCUCCGACCAGGACCUGCACGACAUCCUAUACUACAAGCUGGUCUCGGAGUCUCCCGAUGGGGGAGACCCAGGGCCGAGCUCAGGCCCCUCUGGAGGCCUCUCCAGGUUCUCUGUGGACCUGGUGGAUGGGAAGAUCUGGGCCGACGAAGACCUGAAACCUGGUCUCUACUCCCUCAAUGUCAGCGUCUCCGAUGGGAAGUUCAGCGUGUGGGCCGGGGUGAAGGUCCAUGUGUGGAAACCCACCCAGCAGGCCCUGGACGCAGGGCUCACUCUGCAGCUGGUCGGGCUUUCCCCAGAGGAGUUCCUGGGGGACCACUGGAGAGGCCUCCAGAGGAGCCUCAGCACAGCCCUGGGUAUAGCCAGGCAAGACCUCCAUCUGGUGAGCCUACAGCAGCAACCCAACUCCCUGGUCCUGGAGGUUCUGCUGCUAUGGAGGCCGCAUGGUGGAACUGUAGAACCGUUACCAACCAACCGGCUGGCGGGGAUCAUCGCUGACAUAGAAGACUCGUUGGGACUGAGUGUUCUCAGGGUGCGUCAUAAUGGGUGUCUAGGGACAGAAUGCCCUCCUAGAGGAUGCAGGAACUCAGUCCAGAUGAGAGGUGAGAGGCUGAGCCACUACGCCACAGCCAGGGCCGGCUUCAUCACCCCACAACACACCUGGGAGAGUGUCUGCUCCUGCAACGGUAGGUGUAACGGAGGUGGUUUGGUGGCUCGUCAAGGUUACUUAUCAAGCUUGAGUGAGACGUGCCUGAGAUGUGAAGAAUUGCAUUAGCUCUCCAAGUCAAUGCCUAGGCUUUGGUAUAGUGGGCUAAGGCACACUUUUUUUAGCACACAGUAGACCUGGGUUUGAACCCUAUCUGUCAAAUAGGCUCCUACCUCUCUAGGAUCUCAGUAGGUACCUGAAGUCACCCCCUUCAUGAUCUAACACACCUCACAUUCCUAUGGGGAUUAACUGGGUGCAGAAGGCAGCUAGGGGCCUCCAGGAUAGUACUAGUGAUUAUCUGCUUGUUGUGGGUCUUCUGUUGUCUGCCUGGCAGACAUAUUUAGUGGAGGUAUUCCAUUGAGGUUAUCACCUCCUUUAUUUAGACUAUUCUGGCUAAACCCAAAGCCUCAACAAACCAAAUAUCUCCAGGAAAGCGCCAUGGGAGAUCUGAGGUUGAAAUAAAAAAUACACAAGGGGAAUCUGGGGGAUUUUGUAUGAACAUUUGUAUGAACAUGAAAUUCUGUUUGAUCAAGUAGAUUUGAUAAUUUUUUAAUUCCUAAUUUGACGGCCGGAUAGUCAUCCAAAAUGUUUUGAAUACUAGGCCUACAUGUUAAUUAGACAUGUUCUUGAUGAAAUCACACAAAUCGUAUUUAUAAUUUACGCUGUUUUUCAACUUCAGAGUCCGCUGUGAGUUUUGACGGGAAUGGCUAUCUGAAAUACCUGUACCCGACGGAGGAGGAGGAGAAUCCGAACUUCCGUCUCUCUCUGCGCAUCAAGACCGUCCAGCAACAAGGCAUUGUCAUGAAUACCAAUGCAACCAACUGGGGGACCUUGAAGGUGUUGUAAAGCUCACAUGCAUUAAUUAUUAUCAGAGAUGAAGAAACACACAUUUUUAUUUGCUUUUUGCAGUCUCUCGUAGCUCAUUCAAUCAGUUCAAUUUUGAUUUACAGCCCAUUUUACAUCAGUGCUCUACAGUCUCAUGCAUACAAUUGUACAUUGUAAUGCACUGCGUUAUUAUCAGAGAUCAUAAAAGCAACAUAUUCCUUUUCCUUGGCAGGCCCGCUGUACUGUAGCAAAUAGUGUUUACAUAUGCCCUAAUCUAAAUGCCUGAUUGCAUAUCAGAGGGCUGUGUUUAUCCGGAAGAGAACAUUCCGGUGUGGAUUCCAGGCUCAAUCACACUGGUCUCUUAUCACAUUAGUCGCUCUGCUGGCUUUGUCUGUGUCAGUUGAUCAAUGGGAACUUUUAACUGAUCCAACCGUGUUGUGGUGAGGGCUGUCUCCAUCUCCAUGUCCCCGUUUCCAUCAGUUCUUUCAUAGCCUGGUCCCAGAUCUGUUUUCUGCCUUGACAAACUCAAUACUCUGAGUUUAAAUAAAAAAAGGACCAGCACAUUCUUCAGACCCUUCUGGAAUUUAAAUUUAGUUGAAUACUUAAGUUUAAGAGUUGGCAAGACAUCACAAAAAACAGAUCUGGUACGUAGGCUAAUUGUUGCUGGGGUUUGGAAUGUUGAGCUAGAGUCAGCUUAGUGCUGAUGUAGGUUUACCACAAAGUUUAAAGGGAAUAUUAAAUGAUUGUAUAUUUUGAUGAGAGGGAUAAAGGAUCCUCAGUGCUCAGAUGAAACUCUUUGACCUGCACUUGAAAUACACGCAAUAGAUAGAAUAUUACGUUUGUUCACGCUUUUCCAUGCUUAGGCCUACCUCUGUGUUUUACAUUCCUGGCACAUGGGGCUUUUUUAUUGUAAGAAAAUAGCUUCAAAAGGAAUUGCUAAACAUGGUUAUCCAAGAAUGUAGUUUUUCUUUUCCGUUUCGUUCCUCCUCCUUUACUUCACAGCGGCUUCGUCAGAAGAUACCGACACGAUUUAUGUGUUUCCCUUGAGAGUUAGGCUUCACCGCACCUUGAACAAAUUCUUAUCAAUUCUCAAAUCUCAUCAAUAUUCUGAACUAAAAUAAAAGGGGAGUGUCCAUCCUUCAGAAAUGUCUGAAAUGGAAAUGAAGUUUAGGACCUGCUGUACUCACCGAUCACCGGCUAAAUCUUUUUCAUUAAUUCCACAUCUUUUAAGUAAAUUACCUUUGAAAUGGAAUUGAUUUUGCCAAUUUGAACAAAACCGCCUGUGGAGAAAGAAGAAAAGGGGACUUGUCAGUUAAACCCCCUAAAGCCUUUAACAAUAGUGACAGCUUAGAUCUAUUAUUAUCAAGGAGAAGCGUGCUAGAAAGACACGUUAAAGAAGCAGAUAGUCUUUAAUGCUACUAGUCAUAGUGGCUGUAGAGGACACCCUCUGAUCAUAAACACCUCCCGCGGGGAGCUAGCCCACCUCCAGGGCCCAUAGGGCUCUGGUAGAAAGUAGUGCACUAAAUAGGGAGUAGGGAAGUGGGUUCAAUUUGGGACGCAGUUGGUGUACACAAUGAAUUAGAUUUUUCCCUAACUGGAGUUGAUUCCCGUCAGGUCCGUCUGGUACAGUCUGUACAUCAGGCAGUAAGUAGCUGUACGUCAGGCAGUAAGUAGCUGUAUGUCAGGCAGUCCGUAGCUGUACGUCAGGCAGUAAGUAGCUGUACGUCAGGCAGUAAGUAGCUGUAUGUCAGGCAGUCCGUAGCUGUACGUCAGGCAGUAAGUAGCUGUACGUCAGGCAGUAAGUAGCUGUAUGUCAGGCAGUAAGUAGCUGUACAUCAGGCAGUCCGUAGCUGUACGUCAGGCAGUAAGUAGCUGUACGUCAGGCAGUAAGUAGCUGUACGUCAGGCAGUAAGUAGCUGUACGUCAGGCAGUAAGUAGCUGUACGUCAGGCAGUAAGUAGCUGUACGUCAGGCAGUCCGUAUUUGUACGUCAGGCAGUAAGUAGCUGUACGUCAGGCAGUAAGUAGCUGUACGUCAGGCAGUAAGUAGCUGUACGUCAGGCAGUAAGUAGCUGUACGUCAGGCAGUAAGUAGCUGUACGUCAGGCAGUCCGUAGCUGUACGUCAGGCAGUCCGUAUUUGUACGUCAGGCAGUCUGUAGCUGUACGUCAGGCAGUAAGUAGCUGUACGUCAGGCAGUAAGUAGCUGUACGUCAGGCAGUAAGUAGCUGUACGUCAGGCAGUAAGUAGCUGUACGUCAGGCAGUAAGUAGCUGUAAGUCAGGCAGUAAGUAGCUGUAUGUCAGGCAGUAAGUAGCUGUAUGUCAGGCAGUCCGUAUUUGUACGUCAGGCAGUCCGUAGCUGUACGUCAGGCAGUAAGUAGCUGUACGUCAGGCAGUAAGUAGCUGUACGUCAGGCAGUAAGUAGCUGUACGUCAGGCAGUCUGUAGCUGUACGUCAGGCAGUAAGUAGCUGUACGUCAGGCAGUAAGUAGCUGUACGUCAGGCAGUAAGUAGCUGUACGUCAGGCAGUAAGUAGCUGUACGUCAGGCAGUAAGUAGCUGUACGUCAGGCAGUCCGUAGCUGUACGUCAGGCAGUCUGUAGCUGUACGUCAGGCAGUAAGUAGCUGUACGUCAGGCAGUAAGUAGCUGUACGUCAGGCAGUAAGUAGCUGUACGUCAGGCAGUAAGUAGCUGUACGUCAGGCAGUAAGUAGCUGUACGUCAGGCAGUAAGUAGCUGUACGUCAGGCAGUAAGUAGCUGUACGUCAGGCAGUAAGUAGCUGUACGUCAGGCAGUAAGUAGCUGUACGUCAGGCAGUCCGUAUUUGUACGUCAGGCUGUCCGUAGCUGUACGUCAGGCAGUAAGUAGCUGUACGUCAGGCAGUAAGUAGCUCUACGUCAGGCAGUAAGUAGCUGUACGUCAGGCAGUAAGUAGCUGUACGUCAGGCAGUAAGUAGCUGUACGUCAGGCAGUAACUAGCUGUACGUCAGAGAGCCCUGUGUGGCUUUGGGUUGGUACCAGACUUGGGUAAAAUGCAUAUGUCAAAUUACUUUCAAAUACUUUGCUGCGAUUGAUUUAGUUUGCCCGGUAGGCCUACAACUGAACCAAUGGAAUAGUCACAAAAGCAAAGCUAACUCUAACAUGCUGACCACACUGCUCGCAUUACGUGCGCGAGCGUUGCAAAAUAAAUGUAUACAUACAUGUUAUUCAAUCAUUGCAUCCAAACUGUUUGCGCGCAUCAAGGAUCGUCUGCGUAGCCAGGCGCUAAAAUAGAACUUGGUUCUAUUUGUGACGCUUGACGGGCUGCAAGUCCCGCCUAUCCCAUCUCCUCAUUGGUUUUUAGGAGCAUAUAUCCACGUGGGUGAAUGAAAGAUGAACUGAGGUCCACACUCCAGCCCAGUUGGUGGUGGUAAUGCACCUUAAAGUUGGUUGCCAACCGCCAUAUAAAGACCAAAGAAGAAGACGAAGAAGCCUGAAGGAGGAGAGAUUACUAGAAACGAACUCGGUUUACCCUUUUAUCUGUGGAUUAAUUGUUGGAGUAGAGGACCUUGUGCAUUUCAGGUAAAAUAACAACCCAAUGUUUAUAUCCCAGGACAAAUUAGCUAGCAACAGCAAGCUAGCUAGCUAAAUUGCCAUGAAUGUUUAAUGCUUUUCGACCUGUCCCCAAAUUAAUAUAGUUGUUUCAGAGUUCAUUUUGAUAUUUCAACCUACGUGUCCUGAUCGCGUCUGGUGUGGAUGGACAAAAUCAACAUGCGCACGCCCGUUCUAGUCAGCAUGUAAGCUUAAUCAAGCACUCCUCAAAUACGCUCUAAUACAUGUAUAACUAUUUGACAAGGCUUAUGUAUGUGUGCCUUCUUAAAAGUUAAUUUGUGGAAUUUCUUUACUUCUUAAUGCGUUUGAGCCAAUCAGUUGUGUUGUGACAAGGUAGGGGGGGGUAUACAGAAGAUAGCCCUAUUUGGUAAAAGACCAAGUCCAUAUUAUGGCAAGAACAGCUCAAAUAAGCAAAGAGAAACGACAGUCCAUCAUUACUUUAGGACAUGAAGGUCAGUCAAUACGGAACAUUUCAAGAACUUUGAACGUUUCUUCAAGUGCAGUCGCAAAAACCAUCAAGCGAUAUGAUGAAACUGGCUCUCAUGAGGACCGCCACAGGAAUGGAAGACCCAGAGUUACCUCUGCUGCAGAGGAUAAGUUCAUUAGAGUUACCAGCCUCAGAAAUUGCAGCCCAAAUAAAAGACACAUCUCAACAUCAACUGUUCAGAGGAGACUAUGUGAAUCAGGCCUUCAUGGUCGAAUUGCUGCAAAGAUACCACUACUAACGGACACCAAUAAGAAGAAGAGACUUGCUUGGGCCAAGAAACACGAGCAAUGGAAAUUAGACUGGUGGAAAUGUGUCCUUUGGUCUGGAGUCCAUCCGGCGUGUCUUUGUGAGGCGCGAUGUGGGUGAACGGAUGAUCUCUGCAUGUCUAUUUCCCACCGUAAAGCAUGGAAGAGGAGGUGUUAUGGUGUGGGGGUGCUUUGCUGGUGACACUAUCUGUGAUUUAUUUAGAAUUCAAGGCACACUUAACAGCAUGGCUACCACAGCAUUCUGCAGCGAUACGCCAUCCCAUCUGGUUUGGGCUUAGUGGAACUAUCAUUUGUUUUUCAACAGGACAAUGACCCAACACACCUCCAGGCUGUGUAAGGGCUAUUUUACCAAGAAGGAGAGUGAUGGAGUGCUGCAUCAGAUGUCCUGGUCCCCACAAUCCCCCGACCUCAAACCAAUUGAGAUGGUUUGGGAUGAGUCGGACCGCAGAGUGAAGGAAAACCAGCCAACCAGUGCUCAAAAUAUGUGGGAACUCCUUCAAGACUGUUGGAAAAUAGUUCCAGGUGAAGCUGGUUGAGAGAAUGCCAAGAGUGUGCAAAGCUGUCAUCAAGGCAAAGGGUGGCUUUUUGAAGAAUCUCAAAUAUAGAUUUCUUUAACACUUUUCUGGUUACUACAUGAUUCCAUAUGUGUUAUUUCAUAAUUUUGAUGUCUUCAAUAUUAUUCUUCAAUGUAGAAAAUAGUAAAAACAAAGAAAAACCCUGGAAUGAAUAGGUGUCCAAACUUUUGACUGGUACUGUAAGUAUUCAGACCCUUUGCUAUGAGACUUGAAAUUGAGUAUAGGUGCCUCCUGUUUCCAUUGAUCAUCCUUGAGAUGUUUCUACAACUUGAUUGGAGUUCACCUGUGGUAAAUUCAAUUGAUUGGACAUGAUUUGGAAAGACACACACCUGUCUAUAUAAGGUCCAACAGUUGACAGUGCAUGUCAGAGCAAAAACCAAGCCAUGAGGUCGAAAGAAAUGUCCGUAGAGCUCCGAGACAGGAUUGUGUCGAGGCACAGAUCUGGGGAGCAAGGGCCUUGGUCAGGGAGGUGACCAAGAAACCGAUGGUCACGCUGACAGAGCUCCAGAGUUCGUCUGUGGAGAUGGGAAAAGCUUCCAGAAGGACAACCCAUUCUGCAGCACUCCACCAAUCAGGCCUUUAUGGUAGAGUGGCCAGACGGAAGACACUCCUCAGUAAAUGGCAGAUAACAGCCUGCUUGGAGUUUGCCAAAAGGCACCUAAAGGACUCUCAGACCAUGAGAAACAAGAUUCUCUGGUCUGAUGAAACCGAGAUUGAACUCUUUGGCCUGAAUGCCAAGCGUCACGUCUGGAGAAAACCUGGCACCAUCCCUACGGUGAAGCAUGUUGGUGGCAGCAUCAUGCUGUGGGGAUGUUUUUCAGCGUCAGGACUGGAAGACUUGUCAAGAUAGAGGGAAAGAACGGAGCAAAGUACAGAGAGAUCCUUGAUGAAAACCUGCUCCAGAGCGCUCAGGACCUCAGACUGGGGCGACGGUUCACCUUCCAACAGGACAACAACCCUAAGCACACAGCCAAGACAACGCAGGAGUGGUUUCGGGACAAGUCUCUGAAUGUCCUUGAGUGGCCCAGCCAGAGCCCGGACAUGAACCUGACAUGAACCUGUUCGAACAUCUCUGGAGAGACCUGAAAAUAGCUGUGCAGCGACGCUCCCCAUCCAACCUGACAGAGUUUGAGAGGAUCUGCAGAGAAGAAUGGGAGAAACUCCCCAAAUACAGGUGUGCCAAGCCUGUAGCGUCAUACUCAAGAAGUCUCAAGCCUGCAAUCGCUGCCAAAGGUGCUUCAACAAAGGACUGAGUAAAGGGUCUGAAUACUCAUGUCAAUGUGAUAUUUCAGUAUUUUUGUACAACUUAUUUGCAACAAUUUCUAAAAACCUAUUUUUGCUUUGUCAUUAUAGGCUAUUGUGUGUAGAUUAAUGAGGAAACCUUUUUUUUUAUUUUGCAAAAGAAGCCACGAGAAAGAAUGUGUUUCUUAUUUAAAAAAAUCUCCCCAAUUUCGUGAUAUCCAAUUGCGAUCCAAUUACAAUCUUGUCUCAUCGCUGCAACUCCCCAAAGGGCUCGGGGCGAGGCAAAGGUCGAGUCAUGCGUCCCCCAAAACAUGACCCGCCAAACCGCGUAUCUUAACACCCACCCGCUUAACCCAGAAGCCAGCCGCACCAAUGUUUCGGAGGAAACACACCGAAGUCAGCCUGCAGGUGCCCAGCCCGCCACAAGGAGUCGCUAGAGCGCCCCCGGCCAAACCCUCCCCUAGCCCGGACGAUGCUGAGCCAAUUUUGUGCCGCCCUAUGGGACUCCCGGUCACAGCCGGUAGUGACACAGCCUGGGAUCAAACCCGGGUCUGUAGUGAUGCCUCAAGCAUUGCGAUGCAGUACUUUAGACCGCUGCGCCACUCGGGAAUCCCCGAAAGAUACAUGUUUCAAUGCAUGCCACCGGAACUGUUGGAGAUGGCGAUAAUGUCGGGUUGGAACAGCUGAGAUGGCGAUAAUAUCGGGUUGGAACAGCUGAGAUGGCGAUAAUAUCAGGUUGGAACAGCUGAGAUGGUGAUAAUGUCGGGUUGGAACAGCUGAGAUGGCGAUAAUGUCGGGUUGGAACAGCUGAGAUGGCGAUAAUGUCGGGUUGGAACAGCUGAGAUGGUGAUAAUGUCGCGUUGGAACAGCUGAGAUGGCAAUAAUGUCGGGUUGGAACAGCUGAGAUGGCGAUAAUGUCGGGUUGGAACAGCUGAGAUGGCGAUAAUGUCGGGUUGGAACAGCUGAGAGGGCGAUAAUGUCGGGUUGGAACAGCUGAGAUGGCGAUAAUGUCGGGUUGGAACAGCUGAGAUGGCGAUAAUGUCGGGUUGGAACAGCUGAGAUGGCGAUAAUGUCGGGUUGGAACAGCUGAGAUGGCGAUAAUGUCGGGUUGGAACAGCUGAGAUGGCGAUAAUGUCGGGUUGGAACAGCUGAGAUGGCGAUAAUAUCGGGUUGGAACAGCUGAGAUGGCGAUAAUGUCGGGUUGGAUGAUGCCGUGGAGGGUCUUGAUGUUUGAAAUGACCUUGCAUUCCAAAACUAAAGGUUGAAGGAGUUGCUUCCACCAGUUCUCGGAAGAACUGAUGCUUCUCUAACUACUUUCAGCCCACAAACCACUUCACAUUACAUCAUCCAUGGUGAAGAAACUAAGAGAUGUACUCUUCCCACACAAUAUUAACAAGCUGCCUGUCUUCUUAAUCCGCAGGUCAAUAAAAAAUGCAACCCCUAAAAUCAAAUGUGGUGUUCCACAGGGAUGGAUUCUUAGACCUCUAUUAUUUCCAGUUUACACAAAUGAUCUGCCAAAUGCAUCAAACUACAUUGUGGCUGAUGCGUUGUGUUCUCUUCCACUGUCUCUAUACAAGUUUACCAACAGUGAACACUGUUCUAUUAUCUUUCACAGCUGAUGGAUAGUUGUACCAGCGUGUAUAUGAACAGUGUUCUAUUAUCUUUCACAGCUGAUGGGUGGAGAGUUGAGGUUCAUGUACCUUUGUGGCAACACGCUCCCGGGUUCCCUGCGUAUCCACACAGCCCCGGUGGUGUCAGACGGGCGGUGGCACCACGUCCUUCUGGAGGUCAACGGCACCAUCCUCAGACUCACCCUGGACCACAUUCACUCAGCCCAGAUCGUCCUCUCUGAACCCUGCCAUCUGAUGCAGCCCCAUGGGACUCUGAUCCUCGCUGGCCCCCCUAGCCCUGGUUCUUCUCCCACCACCACCACCUCUAGAGAGACCCAGGCCAGGACCCAGACCCAGGCACAAGGCUUGGCAGGCUGCCUGGACGGUAUGGAGCUGAAUGGGGAGCCCAUCAGGACAGCGGAGGAUAAGGAUUGGAAUGGGCCUGGGAGGAGGAGGGUGUUUGGGGUCUACCAGUGCUGCGUCAACCAGGUCAGGAUGAACAGCUGUGCCAGUAACCCCUGUCUGAAUGGAGGAACCUGUGAGGAGGAAUCAAAUGGAGGUCAGUUUCGUAACCAUGGCAUACUGUAUCACUCCCCAAUAGUGUCAACCUCUACAAACAACACAAAUAGCAUACUGUAAGCCUCUACCCACAACACAAAUAGCAUACUGUAAGCCUCUACCCACAACACAAAUAGCAUACUGUAAGCCUCUACCCACAACACAAAUAGCAUACUGUAAGCCUCUACCCACAACAUUCAAGGUCAGGGUUAAGUUAACCGUGUCAGCAACUCAUGAUUUGUGCGGUAAUGAAGUCACCGGUAUCACAUGGUAAAGGUAUGUAAUCAUAUAGUAUAGUGUAGGGGGUGAGAGAGAGGACAACGUUUCAUCCUCACAUCUGGACGUGUUUACCAUUGUAUCAUACACUUAAUGAAACUUCAAGCUAUAUGGAACAGGAAAUGCAAAGGAUUCUCUCUAAGGAAGUUCGGAGGCCUGUGUUUACCAUUCUGCCCAAUACAUUGCAAUCCAAAUAUUUUAAAAAUGUAGAGGAAAUGUUCUCAAAUGUUUUGCAAUGUCAUUGUGAGAUUUUGGGGCUCUGUGAACCAUAAUCUAUUCUCUCUGCUUUGGUGAGGUGGAUAUGAAGGCAAACAACAGGCUGUGAAUAAUAUGCUGCGUGUUGGGAACAACAUGUAGUAUGUGAAUAAUUUGCUGCGUGUUGGGAACAACAUGUAGUAUGUGAAUAAUUUGCUGCGUGUUGGGAACAACAUGUAGUAUGUGAAUAAUAUGCUGCGUGUUGGGAACAACAUGUAGUAUGUGAAUAAUAUGCUGCGUGUUGGGAACAACAUGUAGUAUGUGAAUAAUAUGCUGCGUGUUGGGAACAACAUGUAGUAUGUGAAUAAUAUGCUGCGUGUUGGGAACAACAUGUAGUAUGUGAAUAAUAUGCUGCGUGUUGGGAACAACAUGUAGUAUGUGAAUAAUAUGCUGCGUGUUGGGAACAACAUGUAGUAUGUGUAUAAUAUGCUGCGUGUUGGGAACAACACGUAGCAUGUGAAUAAUAUGCUGUUUAUUGCGAACAACACGUAGCAACAAAGCCUACAGGUUUAGAGAAAAUGUUUUAUUGAUAUUUGUUCGGAGAUGUACCUAUAGUAUACUUAUGCUACAUUGUCUAGCAUCCCUUCAACAACAACUGAUUUUUCCCUCUGCGAGGGUGGACAUUCAAUCACCAAUAUGAGAAUACAGUGUUCAACAAACUACAGUGUCUGAACAGAUUGGAGGUGUCCUAUAGUCUAUAAAAUAUUAUCACAAUUGUUCUUCAGGGAAGUUCAAAUAGAGUAAUUAACCAGGCCCCACGACAACUGGAUGUAACCAAACUUUCUUUACAAAACUCUCUACCCUAUAUUCCACUUUUUGAAAUAGUUUGUAUCCUAUCCUUCAUUAGAAUCCCUCUGCUGUUACUAAGAGAGUAAGAGAACUUUCAUGGAGUUCUAGAACUUUGACCAUCUUCAGUAGGCUGAUCGCACUUCCUGUUUAUAUGUUUGUUUACCCUCCAGGGUUCCGCUGCAGCUGUCCAGAGCCAUUCCAUGGUCCCCGCUGUGAGCUGGACAACAACCCCUGUGUCUCACAGCCCUGCGCCCACGGUGGGGUGUGCAUGCCAAAGAGUCAAGGUUACAUCUGCAACUGCCAACUGCAUAUGACUGGAAGCAGGUGUGCCUAUCUCUCACAUAGCUAUCCCUCCCAUUCCUGCAGCCUCCGUACUAACACACUGUUAGUUUCCCCCCCCCCACACACUGCUCCGAUGACGAUUAAUGUUCACAUGUUUAGGACAAAAAGGCCCACACAAUAUUCUGCUCCUAAUACCACCUUUUAUUAAUGAUGGUGUUCACGUUUCUCUUUAAGAUCUCCCCACCUACCAUAUAGUACAGUUGUUCUGAUUCUUUAAGACCUCCCCACCUACCAUAUAGUACAGUUGUUCUGAUUCUUUAAGACCUCCCCACCUACCAUAUAGUACAGUUGUUCUGAUUCUUUAAGACCUCCCCACCUACCAUAUAGUACAGUUGUUCUGAUUCUUUAAGACCUCCCCACCUACCAUAUAGUACAGUUGUUCUGAUUCUUUAAGACCUCCCCACCUACCAUAUAGUACAGUUGUUCUGAUUCUUUAAGACCUCCCCACCUACCAUAUAGUACAGUUGUUCUGAUUCUUUAAGACCUCCCCACCUACCAUAUAGUACAGUUGUUCUGAUUCUUUAAGAUCUCCCCACCUACCAUAUAGUACAGUUGUUCUGAUUCUUUAAGACCUCCCCACCUACCAUAUAGUACAGUUGUUCUGAUUCUUUAAGAUCUCCCCACCUACCAUAUAGUACAGUUGUUCUGAUUCUUUAAGAUCUCCCCACCUACCAUAUAGUACAGUUGUUCUGAUUCUUUAAGACCUCCCCACCUACCAUAUAGUACAGUUGUUCUGAUUCUUUAAGACCUCCCCACCUACCAUAUAGUACAGUUGUUCUGAUUCUUUAAGACCUCCCCACCUACCAUAUAGUACAGUUGUUCUGAUUCUUUAAGACCUCCCCACCUACCAUAUAGUACAGUUGUUCUGAUUCUUUAAGACCUCCCCACCUACCAUAUAGUACAGUUGUUCUGAUUCUUUAAGAUCUCCCCACCUACCAUAUAGUACAGUUGUUCUGAUUCUUUAAGACCUCCCCACCUACCAUAUAGUACAGUUGUUCUGAUUCUUUAAGACCUCCCCACCUACCAUAUAGUACAGUUGUUCUGAUUCUUUAAGACCUCCCCACCUACCAUAUAGUACAGUUGUUCUGAUUCUUUAAGACCUCCCCACCUACCAUAUAGUACAGUUGUUCUGAUUCUUUAAGAUCUCCCCACCUACCAUAUAGUACAGUUGUUCUGAUUCUUUAAGAUCUCCCCACCUACCAUAUAGUACAGUUGUUCUGAUUCUUUAAGACCUCCCCACCUACCAUAUAGUACAGUUGUUCUGAUUCUUUAAGACCUCCCCACCUACCAUAUAGUACAGUUGUUCUGAUUCUUUAAGACCUCCCCACCUACCAUAUAGUACAGUUGUUCUGAUUCUUUAAGACCUCCCCACCUACCAUAUAGUACAGUUGUUCUGAUUCUUUAAGAUCUCCCCACCUACCAUAUAGUACAGUUGUUCUGAGUCAUGGAAAAUGUUAUUCGUGCUGUAAUCCAAGUCGGAUUGGCUCAGGGGCUGGAGAAUAGCAUUUUGUACAUUUCAAUGUCCCCAAACUGAUUCAGCCUAAAUCUGUUGCUUGUCCUCCUUCCUUCCUUGAGUGAAUUAUACUGAAAACAAAAAGCCUCCUUUCCGUUCUCUGCAAGAUAAUGGACAAUAAAGUAUUCUUCUUCUUUAGGUGUCAGAGCCUAAUCGACGGAUGCUCCCCCAACCCGUGUCCAGGGGGGUACGACUGUACCUUCUCUGGGGGCUCCAUCCACUGCGACCCUCUGCCCCAGGUAUUGUACCAUGCUAAACUGCAGUACCCGUAACGCUCUGUGUAACAUAUCUGGUUUAAGUAGGAGUAGGGUGAAGUUGCCCUAGAUGCUGAUCUUGGGUCAGUUUUGCAUUUUCCCCACUAAUGGUAAAGGUUAGGAUUGGGGGAGGGGAGGCUGAUCCUAGACCUGUACCUACAGGAAACUUCACCCCUGGAGGGCCGGCUCCAGGCAUAAAUGACAAAAUCGGUCACUUAGGGCCCCCGGCCUCUAGGGGGCCCACAACCCAAACAAAUCUCUCUCUUAGUUGGCCCUGAGUAAAGCUAACCAAAAGGUGUCCUGUCUCCUCAUCAAUACAGGUGUCCGCCGGGCUGGGCUACAUCGAGAUAGUGGAGAUCUGUGCCAGCUUGACGGGGGUUUUCUUCCUGGUCGGUGUCUUCGUCUGCGUCCGCAAACGCUAUGUCCAACAGAAGAAGAAGCCUGUCUGUGUUCAGGACUCCAACGGUUACUUCCAACCCAGUCUGGCCAAAUCCAUGAUGGCCAACACUCCAAAAGUCAGCCCAAUAGAGAUGAACACGCUGAUGGGUUCUGGUAACGACCUGGAUAACAUACACAGUCCCUUCAGAUCUCUGAGGCCUUGCAGCCAGAUAGACGUGGGGCUGGGGUCCCAGGUAAGCCUAAGGGCCGGGAACCAGAAGCCACAAGGGCCUGUGGUGUGUAGUGUGGCCCCCAACCUCCCUCCUCCACCUUCAUCCAGAUCUGACAAUGAGUCCAACAGGAAACACCACUGGGAUCAGGACUAUGAAGGUGAGUUAAUUGAAUAAACGUUCAUAAUCCCCAGAGGGGAACUUGGAGUAGAUACUUUAAGAUAACUGUCUGAGUUUUUACUUUACUGACAACUGUGGUAAAAGCUGUGGUAAAAGCUGUGGUAAAAGCUGUGGUGAUAACUGUGGUAAUAGCUGUGGUAAAAGCUGUGGUGAUAACUGUGGUAAUAGCUGUGGUAAUAGCUGUGGUGAUAACUGUGGUAAUAGCUGUGGUAAAAGCUGUGGUGAUAACUGUGGUAAUAGCUGUGGUAAAAGCUGUGGUGAUAACUGUGGUAAUAGCUGUGGUAAUAGCUGUGGUAGUAGCUGUGGUAAUAACUGUGGUAGUAGUUUACUCGACCUGCCGGGCCUGUCUUCACUUUAUCCAACAACAAGUGACCGCAUUUCAUUGACAUGACCGAUGAGACACCCAAGAGGUAAAGUGUCUGAAGGUGAAUGAUCUGGAGAUGAGGAGGAUAUAGCAAAGCAUUAUACAUAUUAUCCUCCUUCUCACUUUGUCCUUUAGAUCAAAAUAAUGGAGGUUACUCAUCCAUACAUGAAUGUAAUCCAUGAUCAGUUGUGAAACAUACAGAGCAUGUGGUGGUGAGCAAUAGUCUGGUCAGGCAGGCAGUUCCUGCAGACGAUAAGUGUCAUGGUGUUGAAUUUUAAUAGGUUUUUCAUCACUCAAAGGUUAUAACACCUUACCUAUAAUGAGAUUUAGGACUUUUAUAAAACGACAAGGACACUUUGGACAUUAGUAUGAAGAUCCUCUUAAAGGCGAUUAUACUGAAGGACUAUAGUGAAUGAUAAUGAGUGUAUCUCUCUCUUCUCCCUGCCAUGCAGUCUACCCUGCUGAUCCUGACUACUACGGUCGACCCACCCCCUUGGUCCAAGAGUACCCCCAGGUCCAGGAGUUUCCCCAGUUCGACAUCGUGGAGGACACCUAUGGCUCUGUGACCGCAUCAAUAGACUCACGUAGAAACUCUCGCUUCGGCGGAUUCCCGUUUCCCCUGGAGCGCUCUGACCGCCGCGCUCCCUUACCCCCCUGCUACAGUAACCAGAACCUGGAUGACUUCCUGGGGCCUGACGGUCUUCCCUUGCCCAGCUCUCAGUGCCCCAACGAGUACACUGCCAUCAGUUACUAUCCGACGCAACAUGCGCACAGCAUGGACAAUGUGUCGUCAGGCUACCGGCGCCUCAGCAUGCGCCUCAGUGUUGCCAUGCCGUCCUAUGCUGACUGUAACUCCCCUCCUCCUCCCCCUCUACCCCAGCAGGCUGGGCAUGCAGGACGGAACUCUCGCUGCUACAACGGUUCUGACAUGGUGGAGAGCGACUAUGGAAGCUGUGAGGAGGUCAUGUUCUAGAAUGUUUCAGAGUGUUCUAGUCUGGAACCCAGUGAAACUAAGCGAUAGUUACAGAUACAGUUCUCCCUAUCAGAGGUCUUUCAGGGAGAGACUGCAACGUUCUACGAAAUAUUUGAGUCUUGAACAUUCUAUGAAGUGAAUUAAUUAUGUUCUAUACAGUGAAUUCUUAGAACGUCUCCAUAAAAUGUGAUUCAUUGGCGUCUAAGUGGGCUUAACGUUCAGUAGAGUAAAUGAAAGAGUCACUCACCUUUUGUUCGUCAGGGUUGAACAGUAUUACAGGAUGACUAUCUGAACGAGGCCACUCGCCACAAAUAUGUGCUGUACUAAAUGUUGCAGCAAUAUCAAACUCACUCAUCACGACCACUCUCCGAUGGAGAGAGGACUGGCUUUGUAUAAAACCAAUUCCUAGAAGAAUGAAUAUGCCUAUGACGAUGUAACAAGGUCACGCAACACUCUCUGACAGAGAGAGACUGGCCAAGAGAGACUGGCCGUAUAAAGAGAUUGGCUUUACAUAAAACCAAUUACUAUAAGAAUUGAUAUGCCUGCAUUUCAUGCAGAUAACAUCUCAAUUUCAUACAAUAAUAACAACCAUAUAACCAUAAAGAUGUUGCAUGGAGUAAUACAGUUUCUAUGUGUGACCUCACCAUCCAGUCAUAUGGACUGCGUCUCAAAUGGCA